UUUUCCGGUUUGGACGCGCGCGCGCGUAUAUUAUACUGAAUCGUUUUUUUUUUUUUAAAUUUUUGUCUACAUUUUUCAUUUCAAUUUAUAUCCGGCGAAACAAUAAUAUUUUUGUACGCGGCUUUAUUAUUCGUAUCUACGGCCCGCGCAGCGACAUUAACAUUGCAAUAAUAUGACCGUUGUGGAUUCGAAUAUCGCGAACGAACGUCGUCCGAAAAACACCGGCGCAUGAUCGGCUUCGUCAUAUCUACCGCGCGUUAAAGCGUUUAAAAAAAAAAAAAAACCACUGUGCGAAAAACGGAUAGCCAAAACAAUAACAAACAUCACCGUAAGUUUCUGAAAGUUUGUUAUUUUAUUAUUUUAUUAUAGUUUAAAAAAAAAUAAAUGAUAAUCCGUAACGGAUUAUAUUUGUGCGCUCGUCCGCCCAACGUGCGUUUUCGUUGGGUAUAGGUUAUCAUUAUAUUUAAAACUAUCGACAAAUCUGAUAAUCUUUCGAGUAUAUAUGUAUUAUAUUACACAACCUGAUCAACAUAAGCCAUUUUUCAUCUCGGAGAGUAUUAACUUUUUUCGAAAUUUUUUUUUUUUAAGCAUUAAAUAAAUAGCUCUAAAAUGUUAUUACGAUGAAUUUAAGUCGCCCUUUUUCUUGAGUGGUGAAACCUACUCAUGAUGUUAAAAAGACAACCGUAAACUAAAAAUUCCAUAAAUUGAUGUAGUACUAGUUUAAAUACAUUUUGGUGUUGACAUUUUUAAUUUCCGUCAACCCGUUGAUGAGAUAUUGCACUGUUAAGUUUAGGUAGAAUCAAAAUUGAUUUAAACUAAUACUCCGUUUAUUUAUGGAAUUUCUAAUGUAUAGGUUGAAAAUCAAAAGUAAGUAGUGAUUUCACCUUUUAAAAUAAAGGUGACAAAAAACGAGCAAUAUAACCUUUUAGAGCUACUGCUUUUUCAAAUGUUCUAAAAAACGAUUGCGAAAAAAGUUAAUACUUUUCGAGAUCACCUUGUAUAAUUUGAUUUGACUCAUAUAUACAUAUUUCGGAUCGAUUUUAAAGGAAAAUCCUUAGCACAUUUCACACUGCACCCAUAACAUUCAAUAGUGUUUUGUUUUUUUUUAAACACUGGUAGUUUUAAGAACGUUUAGGAAAAUAGCUUAAUAAAAAUCGAACCUAUACUAUAUAUACGUACCUUUAUCAAUUUUUUAACAUCGGAAAUAAAUAUGAUAAAAAAUGUAAGGUUUAAAAAUGCACUUUUUUUAGUUUGUAUACUUAAACUUUAUACUUACGCAUUAUGAAAACGAUAUGAUGUGAACUACGAUUUGUUUUGCGUUUUAUCUCCGCGGUAUAUUAUUGCCUGUAACCGCAAUCGGUAAUUUAUACCUACUAUAAUAAUAAACAGUUGAUGUUUAGUGUAGUUGUAAACAAACAAAACGCACCGGGAUUGUUGUAUAACCGUCGUCGUCGUUACAAACUCCCGCGCGCCGAAAUCGAAAUAUAUGCGCGGGAAUUUCAUGAUGGUUAGCGUUUUUAUGAUUAGUUACGGGCGGAUUUGAGAUAUUUCCUACUUCAUACACCGCCGCCGCUAUGUAUACAAGUCUCGCAGUUUGCCGCGAGCAAAACAAAUUAUAAUGUAAUGCUCUAAAAGUGUAGAUUUAAAAAAAAAAAACCUUUCCUACAAUAAUACGCGUACAUCCGUGUAUAUUUACCUAAUCGUAUUUCCAGAAUGAUACCCGGCCGGUAGGUAGGUGCAUCCAUGCGGUAACGGAUCCGUUGUCGCAUACUUGUUUUCCUGGUGUGUUUAGAAAAAAAAAAUAUUUCGGGUGGAGGGGGGGGGGUUCAGAUUGUACACUUUCAUACUCUUAUGAGAAAAAAGUUUAUAUACUUUCAAUGAUGUAGGAUUUUUUAUUUUUUUCAUUAAAAAUGUCAAUAUUUUAUAACAUUCAUUUUAGCCUUUUAGGUAUUUAUUACUAAAUUUUACAUUUAAUACUUGUAUAGCAAAUACAACCUAGAUGAUAACAUAGUUCACAUUAUUGUAAUGAUAAUGUGGACUAUGCAAUAUCGCCGUAUCAGUUAUAAUUUUCUAAAAGCAGGAAAACCACAAAAAAUUAGAAAUUACAAUAAUAACAAUAUAAUAUUCCUGCUAUCUAUAGUAGAAUAAAAUUAAAAUAAAACCAAAAUUGUAUUUAUCUUCCUCGUUGACAGAAACCACUUUUGGGACUCUAUUAAACGUCUACUUUCGUCGUAAUUUUCAUGAAAUUGUUUAGAGGAGAGGGGGGUUCCGGAGUUGAACCCCCAAACACCCAUCUCUUUGUACACGCACCUGGUGUUAUAUUUAUGAUAAAAUAUUAUUGUAAAUAAUAGUGUUGCGCGUUGUAAUAUUAUUGCAAAUUUUUUAUACGCGGACGUUCAACUUGCACCGUCAAAAGCGUACUAAUGCAGUUAGUCAGAGUAUCCGUAUAUACGACACAUUAUGAUACGCAUACGAUAUUAUGUAGGAGGUACCGCAUAAUUAAAUAUAAUGUACUCUCUCGUGAGUAAUAAUACGCGGUGUAGAUACGUAAUAUUAUAUUGUCCAUUAUAAUACGCGCGCAUUAAUAAUGAAUCGAAAUAAAUCGAAUAGCCGGAAACGUUUCAAGUUUGUGUAUAAUAUACUUAUCGUAAAUACGUUAUUCGUACUUGCAACUUGUAAUCGUUAAAUAUUUAAAAAACACAAAAAAAAAAAAAAAUUGUUUUUUCGAACCAUAAUAAUAUAAGUACCUACAGUUUGUUUUUCCAAUAUUUUAUACACAUACGUACAACAUGUUAGGUAAGUACCUAUCUACCUAUAAUUAUUUCAAAAUUACAUUACCUAAUAAAUAAUUUCAUCGGGUUUUUUUUUUUUUUUUUUGGUUUUGUUCGAGGCACUUAAAUAAUACCUAAAGUAAUUUUUGUGGAACAAUAUAAUAAUAUCAGAAAAAAUGUAUAUUCAUAUUGUACUGAGCAUUAUAUUAUUACGUUUUAGUUAAUUUUAAAACGAAAAUAAUGUAUGGAAAUUAUUACCUAGGUAUUCCUCCGUGUAUAACAUAUUAAGUCAGAUUUAUUUCACAAAAUUGUAACAUAGACGAUUCGCGUAGUUAUUUUAUGAAAUUUAGGAUGUAACAACUCUUAGGUAAUUAAGUUUGAUCGACUUUCCAAGUUUUUUUUUUUAGCGCUCGUUGAAAUGCGAAUUUGUUUCAUUCAUUUAAAACCUGGACAUCUUUACAUCUUUACUGAUUCAUAAAGUGAUUAGUACAAUUGUGUUAAAAUACUACAGAUUUAAUUGUUUUUUUUUUUUAAUUUACACAUUCUUACAAAAUACUCAUUAAGAAGGUAUUUACAGUGGCGCCAAAACCUAAGGGCAAUCCUUGGCCUUGAAAAGAAUUUCAACAUUAAUCAUAAUGGCCACUUCGUUUGGGCCAAAGUCUGGUACUUCAUUCCAAAAUAGAAACUAACUCCGAUCGUAAUUUUGGCCAUAAAUUGUCUGUAUUUGUUGAUAUUGGGGCUACUUGAAAUGUAUUUCGUCCGAUCACGUUUUUAGAACUUCAGAGCCACUGGGUACCUACGUUUUUAUCCAGUUGCUGCGCACUAUAAUAAUAUAAUAAUAAAAAAAAAAUUGAUAACUUAUACGAGUAUCUUAUAUAAUAUUGCCAACGGAUAUAAUAUAAUGCUAUUGCAUACAUCAGAUCUCAUCGUGAUAUUGAAUCGUUUAAUGGCGGAAUAAACAUUUCAAAAUGUAUCUACUUGUAGUUUGAAGGUCAAUGUAUAGGAGUAAUUGCAUAAUAAUUAAAAAUAUAGGUACCUAUAUCAGUAAUAUUUUUUAUCCAUAUAAUAUAUCACGUGUAUAGGUUCAUUGAUUUUAUUUACAAAACAGUAAUUAUUUACUAUAUAGAUAUAGAAAUUUUAAAUUCGAAACUCGUGUAGCUCAAUAUAGUAUCCCGAUAAUUGGGCGAACUCGACUUAGUUUUUUUUUUUUUUCUUUGCUUUAUUAUAAAUAUCUGCAUGAUUUCGGAGCGCGUUUUAUAUUCGAAGCAUAAAAUCGCACGUGAGAAUAUUCUAUAAAUCACUUGUUAUGCCAUUUUAAAAACUAAUAAUUAAUAGUUAAUUAAUAGUUUUGAUCGUUAUGCAUUAGGAUCGUUUUUCUGAUUUACGUAAUACGUUUACGUGAUCUUUUCGACGUGUGCCAUACGAGUAUAGGUAUACUCACACCUGCAGGUUUAAUAAUCACAAACAUCCUAUUGAUCACGACCUAAGUACGUAUAGGUGUGAUAAUAUAAACUUUGACCAUACGAUCAUAUAGUGGAAUCGUUACAAAAAUUUGCAAAUAUAUUUAUCUAAAUAUUACAGGUGCAUAGAAAAAUAGUGAAAGGUUCACAAACGCGGGCAGUAAUGAUGAAGGAAAAAAAAUACAUUAUAGGUGUAAUUAUGAUUUAUUUUCUAGCGAUGUUUAGGUCCGAACGUGGGUUUUUUUUUUUCUGUAACAAUUUUACGUCGCAUAAUAAUAACAUUAUAAUACGAUAUACAUUAUUAUAAUGCGUACAAUCAUAUAAUCGUGUAAUUUGGUUUUUCAACAUAGUCCAGAACCGCCGCCGCCCCGACCGCGUAUACGCAGAUAAUAAUAAUAACAGUUAAUAACCGUCCAUGUGAUUUUCAUUUCGGUUAUGCUUUUAUCAUUGUUAUUAUUAUUAUUUUUUUAUAUUGUUUCGGGUGUGAAAAUCAGAAAUGUCCGCAGUUGAAAUCCGACCAGAAACCGCCCCGGGAGCCAAUCGCGGGGCUUUCGAUCGACAAUCGACGUUUUGUCCCUGCGUAUUAUAAAAUUAAAAAAAAAAAAAAAAAACACUAGCCACAGUCUGCAGAUAUUCGAUUACAUUACGAAUCGUACUAUUAUUAUUAUUGUUAUUGCGGUAAUAAUAUACCUGUAGCUGGUAAUCGAUUCGAAUUGUCUACUGGGUUUCCAUUGUUGUGACGCGCCGAACAUCGUAUUAUUAUUGUAUGGGUGCGGUCCGAGGACUGGAUGACACCACGUGUUUAAUAAUAAUAAUAAUAUAUACAAUAUAUUUUGUCGUAUACCGCGUAUAUUAUUGUUAUUAUUGUGUACUCGAAGAAUAGCCUUGCGCGGGGGCGAAUUUAUGAUUUUUUUAUCGGGUCCGGGGGAAUUACGAAUCAAACGGCGGUCAACGAACCAGCACCAGGGUUGUAGAGAAAAAAAAAUAAAAAAAAAUAAAAAAUAUCCUAUUAUAACACUAUUUGAUUAUAAAUACAGUUUUAUCGUAAUUAUUUAAGAACAGAUUAACAAUAUUGAAAAUAACGUUACUUCUUUAUCCAGAAGUAACACCUAGGAAUUGUUCAUUUUCAUUUAUAUUUUCAGAAUGAUUUGAAAUCAUAUUACUAAAUUUCUUCACUCUUCAUGUUAUUAGUUAUUUCAAUUUAAAUUUUUGAAAAAUUACACGUAUAGUGAAUAUUGCUGUUUACCACAAAUAAAUCCUCUCUAUGAUUCUCUCUUGGACGAUUUUUUCAUAAAAACUAAUGUAAUUUAUAGUAGACGAUUUUAAAGUAGGUAGUAAUUUGUGUAAUUAUGUGCAAAUAUUAUACCUACUGAAUUAAUUUGACACAAAAAUAAGUAUACGUUUUAAAUGCAAUUAAAAAUGAUUAAAAUAUUAAGUAUCCCGGACCUAUAGUGUUGUUGAUGACUUAAGGUCUUUGUAUGCUCUUACUUUCAAUAUUGUUCGACAAUAUAACGCAUAAUAUUAUCGUAAAACACUAAAACCGUAACUAUUAAAAUAUUCAAAAGAAUUCAUUAUAAUACAUAUUUAUAUUUAUUUUAUCAAUUAUACAGUAAUAGAGCGCCUUAGACGAAAACCGGCCCAUCGGGAAAUUUCCCGAUUCCCAAAUAGGUCAAUCUGUCCCUGUCUAUGUGUUUUUCGACCGCGAUAGACUGGCUCGUUGGUGACAGUUUAUAUGUCCAAGGGGAAAAUCGUAGUCUAUUCCUUCGUCCUGAGGUGCUUGGACAACCGGAGACGGAUAGCGACUUUCAAGCUAUAAUACUGCACUUUUCAUGAUGCGCUUCGUUUUUUACACAUCGCCACUGACACGAUACAAUAUCGUCCAAAAACUUUCCAUUACAAUUCGACAAUCCGAAACAAAACGGUCCAAAUAACCCUUAUAAAAGGUCUAAGUGAUAAUUUUUAUAUCAAAGGAUAUAUGAGGGAACAUAUAGGUGCAUCGUUUGGAUCAACUAUCACACUUCGAAGUGGCUACUUUAUAACAAACAAUCAAAUUUUAAAAUUUAGGAUAUAAACAACAUUUCAUAAUAUUAUGUUUGCUCUAAACAACGGAUCUAUGUGACAUUUUUAUUAGAGACUAAACGUUAAUAGUGCAAAAUGUAUGAAGACAAAAAUAUCGAUUGGGCUCAUUUGCCUUGGUGCAAUCUAAUAUAAUUCGACGACAGUUCAGACAUUUGAAAACCUCAGUACCCUUCAACAUAAACACUGCAGAUAUAGUUUUUUUUUUUUAAUUUCCGAACUCACGAUGACAUUUUGUCAGCACUGUACGUAUUUCUUUUUAUUUCAAUGAACCUAAGUUUUUACAUUUUUUUUUUUUAUAUUAACGACAUUUAAUAUAGUCUUUAUAUUCAUGUGUUGAUCCAUAUAUAAUAUUUAUUGACGUUCCUCGACUACCUAUAAUUUAUUUGUUUAAUCGGACCUGGGGAAGGAUGACCCGCGAACAAGAUUACCUAUCAUCGAGUUUCGGUCAUUUUAGCGUGGUUUUGACAAAAUGCGAAUACGAUUUAAAAACAUCGUCACGCGGUGGUAGACAAAAUGUCUAUCGGUAAACUAAUACUACAGUUAUCGCGUCUCACGUAUCUGGUCAUUAUAUAUUAUAGGGAAAAAUUGGUUAUAGAAAACGGCGGUCUACCGGGGUUGUGUAAUAUAUUAUUAUAAUUUUACGCCAAAUAGGAUCAAAUAUACAUGGAAAGUCCACGCGGAUAAUGAAAAACGAGUUGAAAAAAAAAAUCAAAUUUACGCAAAUAAACGAAUAAAAAAUAUAAUAAUUGCGGGGCACUUACAGAUAAUAAUUGUGUGACAUAUUAAAACCGUUCGUGUGUAUCGUAAUCGUUGUGUACAUUUUUUACGAAACUAUAUCGACGAUUGAUGUAGAAAAAAGGGCGUAAGAGACAUUUUGUUAUUAUUUGCUUACAUGCAAUUUUAUCGACGAUAAAGUUGGUUUUUUUUAAUUUUUUCACAAGUUUAUUACACAAAGGUAAUUUUAGCUUACGUUCUUUCAACUAUUAAUGCUCGAUAAUAUUAUUUUCGCGCACAAUACACUCUGAAUAUUAUUGAUUUCGAGUUAAAAUCACCAUUGGUUCGGUUUUAUUUAUACACGUGUCGAUAUUAUAAUUAUUCAAAAAUAUCAAAUAUAUUUAUUACGAGUGCCAAAAAAAAAACCCCGUAUAUGUACGUGAAAAUAUUUAAAAAAAUAUAUAAUAUACGAAUAUCGAGAAUCGUAUACACGUCAGUAUGAUAUUUGGACGUUAUCAAUUGUUUUAUUAAAUAUUUAUACGAAAUCGAUUCGAUUGAAUUUUCAAUACAAUAUCGUGAAAAAAGCGAGAGGCGUCUUUUCUGAUUUUUAAAAUACAUUUUAUUCGUUCGAACCGUAUACCCCAUUAUAAGAUGUCCAAUAUAAAUUAUAAUGCGAGCCGUACGUACAGAAUUAAUUAUAAUCGACGAAAAUAAUAUGUUAACGUCUUAGAAUUAAACGAUUUUUUUUUUAUCAGUGCAAAAAUAUUUUUUUCAACGAUUUCAGAAAUUAUUACAUUAUAGAGUCACAAAACUGCUUUCCAUAGUAUUUAACAUUUCCCCUCCCCUCCCUCUUUAUCCGACCUACGCCCAAUUACGACACAUCAGUCACACGUUAAUGGUUAGUUACACAACGACGCGACGGUGAGACUUUACAAGCGUGUUAUAUAGCCGCAGUCGGACUGUCUGCAUCCGUGAUUUUGUCAUGUAUCGAGAAGACACACAAAGAACACGUUCUCUGGAAAUAAUGAUAUCAGCGAUUUACAUAUAUAUAGAUACUACGGCACGUGCGCACAGCGCAUACCUACAAAAAAAUAAAAACGUAAAAAGCCCGUGCGUUAGUGUCAGCCGUGGUGCGCACACAAUAGACGGAAAUUAAUUCGAAAUUAACAUGAUAUACAACCAGACUGCCGCAGAGUGACAUAAUAAUAAUAAGAGUAACGCAGUCAUAUCGUCCUUGACUUAUUCAAAUUAAUAUGUUAUUAUAAAAUUAUCCGAAUAUAAUUAGAUUCUAACCAUAAUUCAUUAUGAUUAGAGAAGAUGAUGCGCGUUGUUCGUCGUCGAGAGAUAUUCCUUUUUCAACAUUGUUAACCGCCGCACGUUCGCCGCGUGAAACCACGAAAUUUCACAUGUAACCAUAAUCAUAUAUAAUAAAUAAUAUAGCCCGGAUACCAAUACAUAAUACAUCAUAAUAGCGUUAUGUAUAGAUUAAGGAGUAAUAUAGUUUUUAAACCGUCAUAAACAGUGACGUACCCAGAAUUUUCCAAUUGUGAGGGGGUGGGGGUGAUAAAACUAAAAAAGCCUUUGUAAAACACAUAGUAAUGUAGUAGUUAUAAUUAUCUGCACUAGUUGAUUAAGUAUUGUAAAUGCAUAAUGAUUGUUAUUUUAUUGGUUAUGCUGAAUAUAGUUUAUAUUAUGAAUAUUAGGUAAAUAUUUGAAUGUCGUUUAGUUUUAGAUUCUUAGUGACGUUAAAUUGAAAAACUUUAACUUACUCCGCUCAGAAUCAAUUUUUUUUUUUUAUUGCAAUGAUUUAUUAUUAAUUUCGGUAUAAUAACAAUAAAUAUUAACCUGCUACAUAGUGUAUCGUUAUCUAUAUACCUUUCCAAUUUUCCACCAACAACAGUGGCCACAGUGUGAAUAGUACGUACGUCUGGUUUUUUAAACUAGUGUCGUAAAUUUCGAGUUAUAUUACUUAUAUCAAUAUUAUGAUGGUUAUAACUCGGGGUUAAAUCAACACUUACGAGUUAUUAUAACUAACGAAUCUACUCUACUGUAUACAUUUAAAUUGUACGUUUUGAAAUAUCGUUAUUAUUGUAUAAUAUUUAAAAUAUUGUGCUAUAAUUUAAUUUUAACCCCGCCUUUCUCCAGGUCGGAUAAAAAGCUAAAUUAACGAAAACCAUUACCGUAAUAAUGGAUACCAUAUCACGUUAGUCUCGGGUAUGCUACAACUACGAUUGAAAAUUCUGUUAUUAGAUAUUAUAAUAUUAUCAGUGUGGAUCUAAUGGGUCUAUAUAAUCUAUUAUUAUAAUAUUAUACUACAGGUGGGUAUACGGAUAGACGACGGAUUCGGUCUCGAUUAUUAUUAUACGUACCUACCCAUACACAAUAAGUGAACAAUAUAGCGAAAAUCCAAUCAAUAUGCACUAAUUCCAUUACCAUUGUUGCGCACCUGUAAUUGCACCAAGUUUAUAAUAUAAUAAUGUACCUGUACGCGUAUCAAAAGUCACGAAUGACAUUCGAUUUUCUAGGAGAGGAGGUACCAGCAGUGGUGUAUAUUGUACGUUUUUUUUUUCUCAUUGAGUUAUUUAUCUACGCCGUACAAGGUUUAAAAAAAAAAAAUAAAUAAUAAUAAUAAUAAUACGAGGACUAAACAUCAUCGACAUCAUGCUUUGGGAGACUCGCGCAGGACAAACUACUUUCGAUUGUUAUAUUGUAUAUAUAGUUAGGUACCUCAAUCUAUGCGAUGUUGUACGUGACGCGACGGUUUUAUUUUUUAUGUUUUUUCCUCUCUCGUUCGAUUUGAUUACGAUUUGGACGACAGUCUAAUAAUAGUAAUUAGUCUUCUACGGAAUAAAUUGAUCAGUGGCACGAGUAUCGUUAUGAGAAUAACUAGAGACGUUUUUCAGACAAUCGUAAAACUAUCGGUGAGCCGAUUAUAAAAACUAUGUGUACCUACCUAUACAACGCAGUAUAUUACACGAAAUCUCGACUUGUGACCAAUUAACGUCCGCGGAAAUUCACCGCGAAUUUCCAUCGUGCAAUUCGUCUAGCCGCGUACCGACAUUAGUAUAAAAAAAAACAAUUUAAAAAUAAAAAAAAAAUAUAUUAUACGGCGAAUUUAUAUAUGUAUUUACAUUUUAAUUAACGAAUUGGUGGCCCGUGAAAAUCAUUACUGGAUUUUACCAUUACGCGCGGUUUUCGAAUAGUUUUUACGACGACGUCACUUUCAUUACUCUUCGCGUACGUCAUUCUCAUUAAUUAUCUUAAAUACAUAAUAAUUAAUUGCCGCGUACUCUCUGUACACGCUUAAAGAACGCCGGACGUUUAAAUAGAUACCCCGAAACAUUGUUGUAUUAGGCGUGUUUUGGAGAUGGAGUUUCGACCAACCUGGUCACUAAUUUAGCGAAAAAGCUGUUUUGACCAUGCUGUUUAAUGUAAUAUAUUUUGAUAACUGAAUGCAGUUCUUUUCAACAACUGCAGGCAGUCCGAAUAACUGAACUACAUUAUAAACUACGUUCAUUGUCUUUGGUUACUGGUUGAUCACUGAUAAGGAUUAUUAUCAUUUAACAUCCAUUCUUUUUCUUUUUUUACUUUUAAUAAACUUACACUACAACCGUACAUUGUUUGCAACUGCCUAAUUAAGUUUAAAAUUACAAGUUCUUAUUAAUAUAUUUUCGUUUAUUAAAAUUAAAACGUAAAUUAAAUAAUACAUUUCAGAUUAUUUAAAACAAAAAAAAAUUGUCUGGGUAUAUAAAAUACACUAUCGUUAUCACCACAACAUCAGAAAAAAAAAAUCGUAAAGUAAACAAGGCCUUUUGGAUAUAUUUUAAACCUUGCAGUCUGUCUACUGUUUACCGAAAACUGCAUUGCCAAAACGCGCCUAUUAUUGCUCAAACUUUGUAAUCGAUUAAAACUAUUAAUUUCGUCUCUAAUAUACGCGUAUAUCGUUCGUGCAUGUCUAAUGUCUAACAUAAUUGUGUAUUUUAUUUUAAUUUAAUUUUUACCCUAAUAAUAUAGGUAAUGCAAUAUAUAAUGUAUACUAGCUGUACACCCAUUCACGGUACCUACCUGUUGAUUUAUACCUUACCGGUUGGAAAUAAAUAAACACGAAAUAAUAAUAUUAUAGGUACUAAUAGGUGAGUGUUUUUUUUAACCUAGCCAAGCUACCAUAAAAUUUCAAUUAAUAAAAGCCUUUUAAAUAUUAAAAAAAAAACAAAGAUUCGUGUACUUGUACGAUCCACAUGGCAAAAAAAGUACCUAUUAGACAAAACAUUUGAGUACAAAAGUGUAUACAACAUCUAUUAUGAUUGAUGAGGCUUUUCCAAAAUGUCUCCAAUAUUUUUAAAUUUUAACUUUGUUUUUAUAUUUUAACGACAAGAAUAAAUUAUCCACUAAUAUAUUGCUCGAUACGAUACCCAUUAAGAGGAACGGAUACCAUCCUUUUUACAAACGAACAAGAAGGUUUAGAUCGAAAAGCCAAACAAAACGAUAAGCAUUGCGCUUGACGAAUUUUACUAGGAUACGAAUUAUUUUUUUGGUUUUCUUUGUCAAAUAAGUAAAAAACAAAAUACUUUCUAGUGUAGUUUUUAAAUAUUCAGUAAAAUCGUUAAAUUUCUGUUUCCAACAUAUCUACUCUUAUAAAGAACCUAAUGAACCAUAAUCUGCUUUUAAAAUUGAAAUCCACCAGCACAUUUCCAAAAUAUUUUUCUGGAUUUCAGGUCCAAAUUGACUAAAAUCUACACCGUCGUAAAUUUCCUUAGUAUAUUGUAAUAUUAUAAUGUAUUAUUUUUUAAAAGAUAUUCACACACACACCAACGUAAUACAACGAUAUAGUCUAUAGACAUGCUAGACGUUUUAUUCGUUUUACAAAUUAUUAUAAUAAAUCGAUCUAGUUGAUACAUUAUGUUAUUCCAAUUUUAGUAUGAAUAUAUUUAGUUUUUCUUAUAGUUUAGUGUUGUGAUUCUUGAGAGUGAUAAACAGUUUUAUUUAUUUCUAUGUAUACAUAUAGAAAAGUAUAUAUAUAUAUAUAUAUGUAUAUAUAUAAAAAGAAGUGUUCUUUUUUUUUUCUUAUACGCUGUAUCGAAAUCGCGGUAUACCUUCUAUGCAUACCAGCCAUAUGUCAGAAAAACAGAGAAAGUAUAUUUGGUAUAUAUUUUAUGGUUACUUACACGCCGUAUACUAACAAUUAUAUUGAUAUAUAUUCAGACGAAUAUUGUCAAUGUUAUUUGCGCGAUGAUACCAAUUAAAAACCUUUACUUUAUAUCAUAUUAUAUUUAUUGUACAGUUUGAUCAUGGUUUUGUAUUCGAAAUCGAUUAGCUUAUAUUGUUAUUGUAAACUAGUCAAAUUGUUUUACAGGGGGUUUCUAAAUUCAAUAGGGGCAGAAUCGGCAAAUACAAUUAUCACAAAAUGAACGUUUGAUUAAUCACACGAAUUUUAUUGUAAUCAACACGGUAAAGUCAAGAUUGAAUUCACUUUUUAUUCUAAAUUUUCAAUCCUUCACAAAUUGUAUUUAAAAAUCAAUUUUUUUGGUAGGUUAUUAAAUGUGUCUUACCUCACUUCUGGUUUAGAGGGAUAUCACUGUGAUUGGGAUUACGGUUAAUCAUGGCUCCUAGAUUGAUAACGUUAUCUUUAUAUUUUGAUAUAUGAGAUUAUGCAGAGCAAUCACGCGCCGUGGUGUCUUUAUUAGUAUAUAGUAAUUUUAUCAUACUUGCUGUUCGGUAAGACACAUUUGAAUUCGCGUCAAAACCUAUCUUUUUGAACUAAUGAAAAAAAAAUGUUUUUUCUCAAUCAAGCAGACCUGUUCAAUGAGAAUAAAACACGUUUGAAAUUAGUGACAAUCUACAUUAUAACGUUCAUGUUGUAUGAACCCAUCACGAUUAUAUUAUAUGCAUACAUAUACAAUAUACAUCAUAUUAAAUAUUUUGUAGAUCUCGGCACAACGACCGAGAUAUAACUCCAAUAUCUCCAAAAACGCGCUUUUUGACGGCGUAAUUUUUAAAGGAAAAAUAUCCUCCGUGUAUUCGUGAGCAAAAAUCAAACGAAAACAUUUUUUUUUUUUUUUAUAUUGCUCCCGAUUGAUUUCAGAAAUUGACGUUAUCCGAUGGUUUUUUGUCGGAAACGAACGAACCUACGCGUACGAUACUAUAAUAUAUUGGUUUUACAAUAUCAUUCGGGCGAUUCGUCGACGGGAAGGAGGGGGGGGGGGUGCCGGCCGGAAAAAAUCGAGAAAAUCAUUAUGCGCGGCACGGCGUACUUGUAUGUAUAUACGCCGUUCGACGGUCCGUACAGUGAAAUCACGACCGGGCGUCGUGAUCGUAAUUAAAACACAAUAUUUGUUUGGGUACAUAUUAUAAUAAUAUAACCUACGUUUAUAUAUUUUCGGACAUGGUGCGCCGUGCCUGUGUGUCGCGGUACAUUACGCCUCGCGUAUUUGUUCAACACCGUAUAUUUACAACCCGUGUUCGUUGAACCUUGAUCCGAAUCCGUUUUUCAUUCUUCGGCAAACGCAACGCGCUCGUGUCCUUAAAAAUCCAAUAACAAUAAUAACAUUAUUAUUAUUGUACACUCGUAUAAAUUAUAUAGCCGAGGAAAGAGCGUCUAUCAAUAAAAUAUAUACAUGCACCACCUACACACGACGCGCGGUACGUGAAAGUCACGGUAAUUUAGUCAUACGUCCGUGUCCCGGCAAUAUUAUACUUUUUUUUUUUUUUCGGUGUGAAGAUUCUACACGACCGCGACACCGGCUUUUCGAGGACGAGAAUGUAUUUUAUAAUAAUAACAGUAAUUUUUAAAUUUUUUUUUUUUUAAUUCACUGCCCGUCAAUAAACGUCGUCGUGUCAUAUUUUAUUUGUUAUUGUUUUUUUUCCGGGCCACCUAUAGCUGCAACGCCAGCUACCACCAACUCGCGUAUGGUAAAAAUGCUCGUAAUGAUAAACGUUUGAAACGAGUAAUCUUGUAUAAUUAUACACAGCUAAGCGUGGGAUUUUGACGCGAUGUCAUUUUUUCCUCCUGGCGGUUUUACAUUUAUCUCGAUAUGUGGCGAGUGCGUUUUAGGCGGCGUAGAUCCAAGGGAUGUGGGAUAUGGUUCCCCCACCCCUUAUAGAAGUUAAUAACUAUUCGGUAAGGCGUUAAUAACUUUUUGAGACAAAAGCAACGUCGAAAUUUCGAAUGUGAGUUACUUAAUAUUUGUUGAGAUUUAGAAAAGUUAAUAAGAAAUUAAAAUUCAAAAAAUAACACAAUUUUGAAAAAGAUGAAGUUGCGUUGUUGCAAUUAAAAUGCCCGGCCCGACAUUACUUAAUUUCAAUCGAAAGAUACGAUCAAUACGUGUGACGGAUGGACGUAAAUAGAAAUUAUCUACAUCCUACGUUGAUGCAUGUAACCCAGGAAUCCAAGGUUUUGACAUUAAAAAAUGCCUGAAAAAUCUAUUCCGAGAACCAUGCCAAAGCGUGCGCCGUUCGUUUCUGAUACACCCUGUAUAACCGAUUGAUUCGUUCUAUAAAAAUACUGUCGUAUUGUGUAUUUGUAAAAAAUUAACACACGCGAAACUUUCUCCGAUGAUUUAACUAUACCUAAUAUAUCUGUUUUUUUACAUCUCCGGACGUAUAAAUUAACAUGUACCUAGGUAAUAUAAUAUACAAUGUCGCACGCUAAAUCUGAUAUCUUGGUUUUAUAAUAAUAUAUAUUCAUUUUUUUUUUUUUUGCAUUUAAACAUAUUAUAGAAAUUUGUUUUCUUUUGACAAACUCGUCGAGCGUCAUUUUUUUUUAACGGGCAAUUUGAAUAUUUCGUUUCCGCGACAAAAAAAAAAAAAAAAAAAAAAACAAACGGUUAAUACCUAACAUAAAUACAAAUAAUAUUGGUUGUAACUUCUUCGAUUAUGUGUAGUAUAUAUUAUAGAUAGUAAACAAGUAGAAUACCGGUAUUUAAUUUCGGUUACAAUAUUAUAUAAUUAUAACAUAACGUUUUCGAUACCUAUAUUAUAUUAUAUUAAAUAAUUAAUUUCGUGAUGUUUUUUGAUUAUACUAUAAGUAUGUCAUCUAAACUGUCCGAAUUAAAUAAACUCUGACGUAGUACUCAAAUUUUCUAUUUUAUUUCGGCGGUUAAAGUCAUUUUCUAUUUGGAUAAUAUUUAUAAUUGUUAAGUGGCGUGUUAGUCCACGAUUGAUUUUUUAAAAAUUGUAAUUGCAGUAGGUAUUAUACCUAUAAUACAACUCGCGGACAAUAUUGAAAUUCAAACCGUCACGGGUGAUUUAUUCAAAUGAUUAGAGUAAAGUAGUAUAGUUAAUUCGAUAAAAACCUCUUGUUUGCUUGGCGAAAUCCACACAAUCCGUGUGACUCCGACCCAGUUUGAAGGAAAUUUUAGCCACAGAUAAAAUAAUAUGUUAUGAAAUCAAAUUUUUAGUUCACCUCGGGUUCAAUUAUGAUGUGAAAUUAGUAAUGAUAUAAUUAAUUUAACGACACAGAUGGUUUUCCUCGAAGUUUUUUACUUGUGAUUACGAUCUUGAAACGUGUCGUAGGCAUUCGUCGUAAAUGUACCUAUUCGUGUUUACUUGGCACUUCUUAUAUAUGAGUGAACAACAAGAAUAUUGUAUUAAGAUGUUUUUCUUUUCAAAUCCAUUAUAAACACGACUACUGGUAAAUAUUAUGAUUGUUGAAUGAUGGUUUUUCGUUUUAACAUCGUAAAUAAUAUUAAAAAUCAUUAUUUCAUAAAAAAAAACCUUUUACAUAAUAUUAUGUAGGUAUUUAUCAAAACUUGCUGCGUUGUAACAGACAAAUUCAUAGAGAAAUUACAUUUUUUCAUUGUUAACAUUUAUUUUACUAUAUUUAACUGAUUUCAAACAUCUUUAUUGUUAUUAUUUAAAUUUUUUUUAAAUCACGUUUAAAUAAACGAAUAUAACAUAACAUCGAAUAAUGCAAUAUAAUGCGAAUAAUACUUGCAGAACUGAAAGUAUGAUACAAGUCACGAGAGUACAUAGGUAUACUCGUAUACCUAUGUAUUUAUAAUUCACUCUUAGUUCAUAACCUCAAUAUUAGCAAUACCACUAAAUGCAUUUGGCCUGGCCGAACUGUUUCCAAAUUAUUCCCACCGAAAUCCUACAAAAAAAAAUAUUUUUUAAUCAACUUCAAAUUAAUUUACUUUUUUAAUGUAAUGAAACGGCUUAAAUUUAUACAAUUAAUACUCAAGGUUUUGUUUUUCCUUAAUUAAUUUAACAAAUAUUUAGUAAGGUAUAUUAGUAUGAUUUUUUUCUAGACCCCGUCAACAUUAGGUCGGGCCACGGCCUGACUGACCCGGUCCACGUAGUUUCACCUAUGGACAUUAUAGUGUAACAACGUGACUAAAUAAUAAACCGUAAACGCGUUUUUAUCUGAUAGCGUUUUCACUAAAAUUGUUGACUUUACGAACUAAUUUUAGAUGUUAUAAGAUAUUUUCUAUUGGCACCAUAUACCACCAGAGGAGUAUCCACGUAGUUGUGUUAUGUAUAUAUUUACUAAUAGAUACGUCUUUAGUUUAAUUUAUCAGUCUCUUAGGGUACUAAGAGAGAAAUAUAUUUGCGUUGUAUUCGGGUCUGAAGGGUGGAAUGGAUAUCGCAUAGGGCGUAUAGUAUUUUUAUCCCCAGGCGUAAAAAUACCUAUUUCCGGCAUUGUAUAGUUUACAUCGAGAGCAUACAAUAGAAAUUUAAAUAUUAUUAUAAAUAUCAAUAUACAAGACUAUAAUAUAUAAUAUUAUAGUUUGGUAUAAUUGAUUUUAAGCCGUCCAAACAGCAAGGACUUUAUUAGGAAGUAAUUUUAUCGCCAGAAUUAAAUCAAAAAUAAAUGUUGACAUUAACUAUCCAUACAAUUAUCCAUAUAAUAAUCCAUACAACCGAAAGGUACUUUACAAGUAUAUGCCUGAACGCCUUCGAAAUUAUUUCAAUCUAUAUUUUAUGCAUAUUAUGUUUCACUAUUGGUACCUACAACUGAUCCAGGGUUUUCGUAAGAUUUAAAUAUGAUGGACUGACAUUCACUAAUAAUUUACGAGUUUCAAAGAAGAACACCCUGUAAACUAUAUACUGUAUCCGUUUAUACAAAACUACUUAAGGUAAGGUUAAAUCAAUUACACGCCGUGAUGUAUUAUAAAGGUCAUAUAAUAUACCGAACAGGCUUCUGUUUAAUUGGAUAUUGUUUUAACCGAAAUACCUAUUCUACUAUUCAUUAUAAAUACACUAUACAUAAACGACAACAUAAAUAUAUGUAUAUUUAAAAACGAAUUUUCCUUAUACUGUGGUUCUAUAAUGGUUUGUUAAAUCGUAAUUUACCAUUAAAUCAUUUAAUACAUACUAUACGAUUUUUUCUAUCGAUAUUUGUUGUGCUUGCAAUACCAUAAAUAUUUGGACGCGACUGAUGCAAACGCAUUGGGGCUCGAUAACUCUUAAGUAGGACCUUAGGCAAGACAAACGAAACGAUUUUUUCCCUACUUAUAUUAACAAUCAUUUAUUAUUAUAAAUUAGUUAUGUAUGUUGUAUUGUUUGUAUAUAUUGUUUAAUCUGUAACGUAAAUAAUUUAGAGUCAAUUUCUAUAACAUUAUUUGUAAAAUAUUAUGAUUUGCGUGAUUUCACAAUAAAAGUACCUAUGCAUUUCCAUAUAAUUUUUCAUUAUCAACAAAUGUGUUUAUUCAUAAAGAUAAAGUAUAGUAUUUAUAUUUGUUUAAUUACAAGUGGAAAAUGCAUGCAUGAAGAUAUUAGAACAAGUGGAGUAGAUGUUCUUUCAUCGGGUGAUGGAUAUUAGAAAUAUGCAUACUUAUAGAAGCGGAUAAGAACACGAAUAGUCGGUCGCACCACGUGAAAAUAAAGGCGAAAAAAAAGAAGAUAUCAGUUUUAUUACAGUAAUAUAUCUAUGUACUUGGUCUUGACACCUGUAGGCUAUAGUAACAAUUAAUAUACAUAUUUAUAACGGUAAUAUCGUAAGAAUUAAGAUGUCACAAAAAAUACACAAUUUUAGAGGGACUUCUCGCAUGGGCGCCCACAACUGUCAGGGGAGGAACAAAUUAAUACCAGAUAUCUAAACAUGCAUUUAAAUACUUUUAUAUUAUAUAGAUACAAAAUAAUACGAGAUUUGGCUAUUAAAUAAGAGACUAUGCGCGCAGAGAGCGUCACAAAAAGGUUAGGGGAAAACCGAAUACAGCGCUGGUUAGCUGGAAGUGUCUAUUAUGCCAGUACAAAAUUGGGUUUUUGUUGGUGCAUUAGUAUUUUUUCUAUAGCGUUUAGAAACGAACAUGUUUUUUUCUCUUUCUGAAAACGAUGUGUGACGAAAAACAUGAGCAACGGAUAAACGUAAAAUUUUCUCGUUAAACUAAAAAAAACUCCAACUGAGUGCUAUAAGUUGUUAAAAGAGGCCUAUAGUAAGGAUUUACUAUCUCGGGUGCGUGUUUUUGAGUGGCAUAAAUUAUUUUCUGAAGGUCGAGAGUGCACCGGAAUCCAAUUCAGUCGUAAUCCAAAUUCAAAACCAUGCUGAUCGUUUUCUUCGAUAUCAACGGCAUCGUGAUGACAGAAUGGGUUCCGGAGAGUCAAACUAUGAGCCAACAUUACUAUUUGACAGUUUUGGCAACAUUGCGCGAAUGAGUUCGUAAGAAACGGUUGAUAUUGUGGAUCUGUAUCACACGAUAUUGUGGAGGGCAUUUCUCCCUAUAUCCCUAUGUGUGCCCAUGUCGUUUUGAGAUAUUCCAUUUUAUUGUCUAACUUGACGUGGAUAAAGGAUUUUGCGAAUAAAAUGAUCUUCUUUUGCCGAUGAAGUAAGGACCAUUAUGUCUGUAUUUCUGAGGUCUGCAGGGAGCGAAUGGGAAAAUAUGAUGUGUAUACUCGAAGCAGAGUAGCAAGGCUUUUCAGCGCCUUUGGUCACACAAAAAUGUCUGCUCCCAUAGCCAUUAUUUUCCAUUGAAAUUGUAUACUUCUAUUAUGUAUACAUUUUGAAUUUUGCAUCCGAAACUAAGAUACGCUCUUAAUCUAAACUAGUCUUGCCAAGCCCUAAAGCUACUGCUCUAUAUAUAUUGCAAGAGACUGUUAAACGAAAACUGAGUUACCCAAUAUGAUAUAGCUGCACACAAAACAAAUAUACGCGGGGACAUAAAACUCGUAGAUACGUGUGCGUAUUAUUAUAUAUUUGUGAACAGUUUUGUUUCGACCUUAAGAGGUGUGAAUGAUGUAUGUGAUUUGCAUUGCGAAUCGCCCGGUGAAAGGCGAUAAGUAGGUAUUACGAGCGCGCCGCUGUAAGCUCCUAAAUAUGGAUCGUCUUUAAGUUGCAGCAGACAUAUAAUAACAUAACAAUAAUAAUAUAAACCGCAUAUCAUUUCAAUUACAAGUUGACAUGGACACUGGCGUGUAACUUCAUCAAUAGUCCGUAGGUCUGUGUACCUACUCAUUGUCUAACACGUCGUUGUCGUCGUGUUGCGCGAACUAUGUCCGCAGAUGAUGCACAACACUGCUAUUCGAAGUGACGAAAUGCGUAUUGCUCGUUGCUGUGUAUCAUAGAUGAAUUAUAUAUAUAUAUAAUAAUUUUAUUAUUGUUUCUCACGGGAAAUAUUUUGUGGAAAAAUAUACUACACAGAUUCGACCUAAAAAAAAAACAUCGAGGGUUCACACAAUUAUUGUUGGGUAAAUACUUAUACGAUUGCGACAACUCGCGUAUUGACGUAAUGUUGUUUUUCGUUAUAUCUAUGAUGCAGGUUGAUCAGCUGGUCGAGAUGCAUCAUCAUCCCGACAGAUAUGGUCAACCUUUACGUGCGCGAAACAAAAAUGUGUACAAAAUUAUUGGUUUUCAGACAUUCUUCAACUGCAGUAGGUUAUACCUAUAAUUUGUUGUAUAAAUACACUGACGAUUUACGACGGUCAUUUUACCGAUUGCAUAAUAAUAUGUUAUUAUUGAAUCUAUUAAAUCUUUUUUGUACUGUAGUGCAUAUACGCAUGUCAAACUCGUCGUUGAUGAAUUAUUAUACUACACGAUUAACGUUGAUCUAAUUUGUCUGUAAUCAAAUGUUAAAUAAUGCCAUCUCUAUACCUAUAUAAUAUUAUAUACAUACAUGGUAACAUAAUUAGAACGGGUACAGUUAAAUGUAAAUAUCGUUAAAUACGCGCUCGUUACAUAAAAUAUCGCGAGUGUAGGUAGACUUCGAGUUACUGUAUAUAAGUAUAUUGAUAAAACAAAUACCUUAACAGAAACAAAUCAUUUUCAUUUUUCUUCUUAAGAUCGACAAACUGAAUAUAAUAAUUAAUUUUCAACCGUUUAAAAUCAAAAACCACGUUUUACUAAAUUUAGACUCUAAACUAGCAACACUGAACUUUAGAACGUAUAGGUACAGUUCUCAGGUAUUGUUUUUAAUUUGAUCAAGUUUAUGACAGUUUACCUAUACCUAUAUAUAUUAUGUUGUAUUUGCUAUAUCUACGGAUUGUUAGAAAAACUGUUAUUAAAGAUGUAUUGAUAAUUAAUAAUUCAUUAGUUCAUUGAGGACACUAUAUAAUAGCAACUAAUACAGCUGCGUCCCAGUACGGAAUGUUAGUUUUCAAUUUGAAACAUCAAAAAUUGCGUGUAAACUAAUAUAAUACCUACAUGAACAGUAUUUCCACGGGCCGAUUUCAUUAUUAUAUAUUAUUCAUCGGCAGUAUCUUUCGUAUUAGAUAGUCUUGGUCUUCUAAAUAUUAUUUUUCAAAAUGCCCACAACACGUCAUCAGUCGCUUAGACGUUUCAAAACAACCACCGUUCGAUAAUCCUUGCACCAGUGCCGUACGUGUCAGAUUGUUGUUGUACAAUUACCUAUUUAAAAUUAACAAGACGACAAUUAAAUGUCCAUUCGUGAGAACGUAAUAUUAUAAUGUUGUUUACAAAUAUUUGAUUUAAUCUCGUCAAGAUUUGAAUUUAUACUUAUGUAAUAUGCAUAUAUCGAUACGUGCACGCAAUACUAUAAUAGGUAGUUAUGUAUAAUAUUCAUUACCUAUAUAUUAGUGUAUGUGUAUCGCAAUUAUACAUAGAAAACGCAACGUUCUUUUUUUUUUUUUUUUAACAUUUUUUUUUUUUUUCAAUUAAAUACAACGCCUAUGCGUGCUUAGAGAUGGCGAGAGUAUUCCAAUUUAUGCAACACGUAAUAGCACCUAUAUAGUGCAUAUAACAUAAUAUAUACAAAGUGACAUCAGAUUAAGAACAUGUAUAUUCUCGAAGGUGCGGAUGGGGGUGACGGUCACUAUACUAUAUCAUAGAUACACAGUACGCGCACACGACGUAUAACACUAUAUAUUAUGUAAAAUUGAUGAUGUGUAAAAAACGAAAUACUCGUUUAUAAUUAGCUAUAUGUUUAGGUUAUAGUCGUAUAUAUCGUAAAAUUGCAUCGUUCGCAAAAACAAGUUUUUCGUCAAAUAGAUAUUAUUGCUGCGGUAUAUACAUAUUAUAUAUGUAUUAUCAUUGUGCGAUCACGCGUACUAUCACUAAAAAGCGCAUAAUAAAUUGGAUAAUAACACACCGAUAGAUAUAUUUUUACCGUGCGUAUAUAAUAUUAUUAUUGCUAUUUGAUCCGAUCGUAUUAUUCUAAUAGAAACCGUACAUACAUAUACCUAGUGUACCAUGUACCUAGUUAUUAUAGGUACCUAUUUGCGUACAUAUUAUAAAUAUAUAUAUAUAUAUAUACGCGGUACACGUUUAAUCAAAAAAUUUAAUGACCAUUCGCUUAUGUAAGCAAAAAUUUUAUUAUCCAUGCAUAGGUACUUGUACGUAUUCUAUUAAAUUAUAAUAUACAGGUACAUAUUAUUAUUAUCAUAGCCGUGUCGUCGUAAAAUAUGUAAUAUAAAACGAACAAAUCUGAUCACAAUAUUGCGAUUAUAGCCAGAGCUCGGAACUUGAUGCGUUUGUACGUAUAGGUAUUUCUUAAAGUGCACGGCCGAUCAUAAUCUACAAUUUGUAUAAUAUACUUAUUUGAUUAAAAAUUGUGUGUACCGAUAGACGGUAUUUCAAAAUCCCCAAAAACUUUUAUUGCAUAUUUACCAUAAGAUAUUUUUGGUUAAAAAGAAAAAAAUAACGUUUUCUUAAAGAAUAUUUAGAUUGUUUUUACGAUAAACUAUACGUAUCUAUAAUAUAUUAUGAAGCUAAAUAAUCACCGAAAUAUACCUAAAGUCUAUAUUAUAAACUACAUAAUAAAUAACAUUACACAUCACAUAUACUAUUAAUUAUCAAUAGUAUACGAUGUUGGUUUAACGCAUCAUGUACGAUGGUCCGUAAAAAAUGUCCCAACCGGUGGCCCACCGAGUCUCGUCAUCACGUGUAUAGAGUCGCCGAGUCGCCGCGGCGUUCAAGUCUCCCGCGUUCUGUCCGCCGCACUAUUAUAAUUUAGUCGUACACGCGUAAGUUUGUCCGUCGGUAUUUUUUUAUUUUCAUUUUUUUUUACUUACGCAAUAUCUGACGACUAUAAUGCGACUAUAAAUGUCAUACGUCGCAUUGUGGCCAACCGGGGAAUGUGAAAGCAACGUGAACUUUCACUGUGAACAUGCGUACCUAUAUAAAUAAUAUAUAUAUAUAUUAUAUUUAUUUUGUAUAUUAUACGCACAUGUAAAACCACGUGCACUAUAGCUAUAUAGGAAGGAUACAGCUAAUUGUGCGGAUUAGGGAGGGCGAAGAUUCAUCGCCGGACGUAAAAUUUAUUUUCAGGGGCGUAAUCACGUAUUUCCACAUUUCGCAUAUUAUACUGAUGAAUACUUUUUUAAAUUUUAUUUUUCUGUAUCUUAGAGGCUUAGGAGUGAAAUGGUAUAAAUUAUUAACUUAUAUGUAUAGGUACAUUUUGCGUUUUAUAAAUAUUAUAGGGUCUGAAGGGGUUGAGAGAAACACCGCAUAGAGAGUAUAUAGUAUUAUUAUCCCCGGGUGUAAAAAGCCCUAGUUCUGGGGCUGGUUAAGAGAGAAGAAGUAAAUAUAUGGUUCGAUAUGUUCCAUCUGCAGAUUGUGGUCGUUGAAAUGAAAUCGAUUAUUAUUAUUAUCGUAUUCACACAAAGACCCGUUGUGCGAUUGAGAAAUUCAAUGUGCCAUCGGAUUAUAUUAUACAUAUAACAUAUAGAAUGAAGAUGGACAUUUCGAGUAUAUAGGUACUAUAUAGCCACAUAAAAAAUCAACCGCGAAAUUAUUAUUAUCGAUCGUAUACAUAUUAUAUUGCAGUAUUAUGUAUAUAUACAAGAAUAGGAUUAGGUAUUAUUAUCAUUGUUAUUAUUAUUAUUAUUAUUAUUAUUAUUAUUAUUAUGUGCCGCGUCUGUAGGCGUAAAGGAGAUUGUUUCGAUCGGCAAUACGCGUCAGAGACUUAAACGCCAUCGAUUGAUUUUGAAAUAUUCGAUUAUGAUUAGAUAUUACUAUUUGUAACGAAUAAUAAUUGAAUCAGUACUCGAGUGUGUUAAGUGAAUGUGUAGCUUUAUUCAUAUGCGAUAAUAAAGUUACAAAACAAUGUAAUUAUUAAUUAAAUAAUUUACUAACUAGGUACAUCAUACUCUCCUUUUAUCACACUAACGCGAUAAACUUAUUUUUUUUUUAAAGAUUGUGUUCUUUUCCUUUUUAUUAUCAGCAGUUUAAUUGUGAUAAUUUUUAAAUGUUCAUUUAAUAACAGGUAUUAUAAUUAUUUUACUCGUUGUUUACACAUUGUUUAAAGACUACUAAUAAACACGAGCAAUUAUUAUUGUAAAAAACAUUUUAAUUAAUGAAAUAAAAACACACGAAAUAUAAUAAAGAGUAUUUUAUGAUAAUAGCUAUUAUAGUAUUUACGCACGUUGACGAUUCAAAUUUAAUUAUACAUUUUAUCUGAACACUUUAAUUACCGACAGUUUUAAAAAAAGAAAGGAGAAGCUAAUAUGAUUUUGCGUAUAAAAAAUAAAUACUGGGUAACAUUUAAUAAUAGUAUAGAUAACAGUACUGCAGUAUAUCCAACUUUCAAUAUGAAUCAUAUCGUUAUAAUAAACUAUAUAAGAAUAAUCGAUCCGAGUUGUGCAUUAGUUUAAAGAAAAAGUUGUAUUUAAACAAUCGUCUCCGAAGACACACAACAAGAAGCUAUGAAAUACGCGGACCAUGUCUUCUAUACACUACGAACAUGAAAUUACGCAGCUAUAAAGUCUAUUAUAAUAUAAUAUAUUAUUCACGUUCAUUUUCGGCGAGACAAUAAAACCGCAACUAUUUUUUAGUUUUUUUUCAAAACAUUAAAAGAAGAUUAACAAUGCCGCAAAUAAAUAUAAUACGGUUAAAAACGAAUCGUAUAUACAGAUAUAUACGAGUAUAGACUGAAGAAUAAAUUAUUUGUGCGGUUUAUAUUCCGUUCGCGGUCAAACGUAUACAUAUAGAUAUACCUACUUACAUACGCGAUGCACUUACAUUUUUCAAUAACAACUUUCGCUUAAUCAAAGGUUAUUUCCUCCUCGAUCGUACCAUAUAUAUAUAUAUAUAUAAUACGAAAUUAAUAACUAUAAUAUAAAACAUUUAAAAUAUAGGUACCAGCUACGUAUAAAAAAUGAAAAAAAAAAUUCACUAAUGCGGUAUCUUCUGUUCGCAGUCAAUCACAGCAGAACAAUACAGCCGGUGUGUAACGACUUUCGCCAUAAACAAAGGUCAUAUUUUAUUCCUUCUCGAUCACAUUACUAUUAUUACAUUAGCCAUUACUAAUUAUUAGUACGUAUUAAGUGAUUGAUUGUUUGGGUUUUUUUUUUUAUAUAAAAAAUACCGUUUAUCACAAUUGUUGAAAUAUGCGGAAAUUUAUGGAAAACUUUGCUUUUUUUUCGAAUAGUUUUUUUUUUUUCACUGUUGCCCACUAAAAUAUAAUAAUAUAUCAUAAGAUCAUUACGGGGUAUUUGAUAAGAAUAAUUACAAUUGUCGUUAUUAAAAUAUUAUUAUACAAAUACAAUUUUAUGAAACUUAUACGCGUGACCGCAUGUUCAUUGCACACACAUCAUAUAAUUUAAUAUUUGUACUUUCUAAACAUAGGCGUUUAUACACGUCCGUUAUCAUUAACUUUAUACGAAAAAAAAACUUGAAAAAAAAUGCGCAUUGUUCAUCACAAUAUUAUGUAGGUAUUUAAAUAUAAUAUUACAUUAUACUGCUGCGGAUAAAGACACACGCACGUAUUAUAAUAUCCUGCCGGUAAAACGUUCUAAUACGAAUCGACCUUGAACAAAGGAAGCCGUUAUUAUUAUUAUUAUAAAAUAUACGCGCGUGCAAUAAAAUUCGUCAAAAUCGUACAGGAACACGCACGCGUGCAUUCGUAUCGAUCGUUCGGAAAGAGUGAAAGUGUAUCACAACAACUAUAAUAAUAAUAAUAAUAAUAAUAAUAUCAUGCAUAAUCGCUGUGUAUGAGGUACGAAUUACCUGUGUAUAGAUGAGACGGUUUUUAUUCUCUCUCUCUCUCUCUUUCUCUUUCUCCGUCAACUUGACAAACAGCAUUCCGUUUAUUUCGAGCGCCAACAAAUUAGCCGUGUCUGAGGUCGUUUUUUUUUUUUUUUUAAUUUCGUGGAUUUAAACAUAAUAAAAUACACAUAUAUAGGUGUUAUAGCUCAAACGAUAUAAUUAUACGCGCCGCGUUUCGAUUUUUGUCGAAAUAUUUCAUAACGUCGUUUAUUGUAUCUACGCACCCGGAUUAUUGCACCAAUUUUACAUAUCCAUGCCGUCGGUGAGUUUAACGACCGUAAAUGCAAAUUUUGUCGCUUAUCGCAUAAAAUAAGCGCGGUAAUUUGCGGUAUUUACAUCUGAGAUUUUAUAUUGUUCUGAUUUUCGAAAUUUCGGCUAAAUUGAAUAAUUUUGUAAUCGCGUCAGCUUUGGAUAUCCUGUAUUUUUUUAACGCCGGUAUAAUAUUAUAUUAUAUACUGUACAGUACAGUUUACGUAUAACUAUAAUACAUAAAAGCAAAUCGAAAAAUGUAAAUAUUAUGAUAUGCACAAAACGAAAGUCAUGUAAAAAAUAAACAAAAAAAACGAAAUAAUAAAUAGAUAUAAAAAUAAUUUACAAUCUAAAUGGAAACGUUUACACGCUGAAUAAUAAUCAUGGCGGUGUUGUUUAUAAGUAAAAAAUAAUAAUAAUAUUAAAUAAAAUUGUUUAUAUGUAAAUUUUUGGCAACGAUAUAAUAAUUAUCGCACACUCUACAAGAUAUAAUACCGUGGGAUAAUACGCAUAUUGUAAUAUUCAGAGGCGUUGUACACUUUCAAAAUGUUAAUUACACGGUGCCUACUGCUAUAAUGGUUUAUACUAUAAAUAUCAUUAUAAUAAUUGAAGUAAAAAUUUAGUAAGAAUCCGCGAACGUUUCAUCGCAGGGUGUUUUAUUUAUUAGCUAAUUACGCCCAAGAAUGUGGGUAUAUAAUUUAGCCGCAUAGUUUCUUUUUUUUUUUUAAUUCACGAUUUGCUCUUUUAAUAAGUAUAUAUUAUGUUACUGUUGUAAUAAUUUUACUUCUUUAUAGUACGCCUAUGAAAUGUGUUUUAUACUAUACUAAUAAUAUUAGUAAUAUACUAUAUAAUAUUCGUAACGAGUAUGAUUACAAUCUAUGGUCAUAAAAAAUGAGAGUCUAACCAUAUGCGUCCAUUUGAAGGGGGGUCCCAUAUACCCCCUGGAGCUUAUACGUUUGAUAUGUUAACGGCUUAACCAAAGAGUCGAUGUCGUUGGAAAAUAUUACAUUUCCCGAACCCCUGGAUUUUUGAAGAUGGACGCCCUUGAAGUCUGCAGACUAUAAAACAUUUUAUUUUUUUUAUGUAAUACGAAAUUAUACAAUCUUUAUACUAUACACAAUUACUAUACACAUGAUAAGGGGGGGGAUAUAUAUUUAGAAGCUACCCAUUAGUAAUAUUUAUACGCUUGUGUGUAAAACUAUUUCCAAAAAAUCACUCUUAUUUUAAGUCUGUGGCGAGGAUUUUCAGGUAGAUUUAUGCAAAGCGUUUUUGAAUGAAUUAUGGUGGUUUAUAGGUUGUAUAGGUUUUAUGGGUAGAACCUAUACAAAAUUAUAAAAAAAAAAUCUUAAAUUUACAAAAACCCUUUUUCUUUUCUGUAAUCAAAGGUAUAAUGUAUAUAUGUGCAAUUAAAAUGAUUUAAUUUUAUAGAAGAACAUAAUUUGUUUGUUAUUUUGGAGUUGUAUUACCAUAGUACCAAUAAAAUACAUAUUAUUUUAAAUUAAAUUUAUUCGUUUUUCGCCUCUGAUCUUUUUGCGUAUAGGUUAAGUAUUGUGUAGAUAUGCGUUAUAGCAUGCACAUACACGGAUACGCGAGGGAGGAGGAUUUAUGAUGGCCUUAUCCGAAUUCCAAAAAAUAUUAACAUUAUUGUUGUCUAUGCUCAUUAUAGGAAUAAAGCUGUAAAAAAAAAAUGUCUUUAUUAUUAGUUAUAUAAAAACAUUUUGAUGUAACUACAUUGAAACAGAUGCAACAGAAAUAUGAGCUAUUCGUGUUUUAUUAUUAUUAUUGUUAUUUCGGAGAAGGUAAAAUUAAUUAAUAACAAGAUGUAAACAGUAACUUAUGACCCCCUAAAUGAAGUUCCUACUUGCACAAGAUCCGCGCCUGAUUGUGUGUCGGUCAUUAAUUUUAUAUAAAUAUAUUUUAUGCAAUGAUCAAAUUAUGUCCAUUUUAAUAAUGAACAUUGUCGUUUGAAUAAUAUAAUACGUCUUUUUUUAUUUUUUUUUUUCGUGUUAUGUACAAUUUUUUUUUUUUUCAAAUUAAUCCGAUUGCGUACGGUAAUUUCGUAUUAUUAGAUAUUAAUUUUUCCUACGCGAAUCGUCUGAAAAUAAAAACAAUGAUGUACAUAAUUAUACAUAUACUGAUGUUGCGUAGUCACACAGAUCUGUAUACAUAGACUCGCGUUUUUACAAAUAGGUGGGUAUAUAAUACAUUAUAAUAAUAUUUCAAAAUAUACGUGCGAACUAACGGCUAUAAUUUAUACGAAGGCGGCGGGCCAUCGUGUGGCAUCGUUAGGGUCAUAAUUUGUGUAUAGACAGUUGUAGUAAUUAUCGCGUACGUGCAAUUAUAUUAUUUAUUGCCUAUGUAUAUUAUUAUAAAACGAUCGUAAUAAUUUAUUCCAUCCGCCCUUGACGGCCGGGUAUUUUUCUUGCGCGCUCCCAAAGAGAUUUCAACAACGGCCCUAUAUAUGAUCGUACUGACCUUUUCCGAUCAUUGUCCGGGGGACUUAUUAACAUUUUGGGAUGCUUUUCCGAUUGGUUAUACGUUAACAAUCUACAAAUUAACGAAACAGACACCGAUCGUCUAAAUUAGUCGAUAUUUAAACAAUGUUAGUCGUUUGUUACGUUACUGCGGUAUCCGGAAACUAGCGAUAACAAGUCAGUAUUUCAGAUAAAACUAUAUGUCUAUAUGUUAUAAUGUUAUGUCUAAAUGUUCGCUAUGUGAUCAUGCCUAAUUUUUGUUCGGGCAGUUUAUAUUUUCCUCGUUAAUUCCUAGUUAAGAUUAUAAAGUUUUACAAAUUGGCAGAAUCUAUAGAUUAUUUUAAAUAUACUUGUGUAUACUAGAAAAAUCGAUUCGCCUUUUUUCAUAAUAAAAAAAAAGUCUGACGAAUCCCCCGAGUCCGGAUGCUGGUAUUUGCAAGUAUAUACUCGAGGUGUUUUAUUGACUUUCACUCGUAUAUCCGGCACAUCGACAGCCGUACAUAUUAUAUUUUGAAAAUCGCGCUCGUCAAAAGCCUGCACUUGCGCCGCAUAAACCUAUUAUUUAUUAGUGGACUGCGCCUUCUACUGAAAAUUAUAGAUUAUUUUUUACCUAUGUAAUCUAUGAUAUUAUUGGGUGAAUAUAAAGACGAUAUACCAGCGAUUUCGUUUGUCGCGUCGCGUGCCUUUUAUCGUAUACUGUUCUUGGCAACGUUCAGUAACCAAGAACUAAUACCGGGACAUUUUCAGAGUCGGUCUGAUUUCACAUUUUCUUUCGUUUGGUUAUAAUGGUUAAUUGGUUUUUGGUAUUCUCAGCAUAUAUACUAUAUGGACACAACGCAUGACCUCGCUGGAAUACCGUUCAUACAAACUAUCAUUGCUUUUCAUAGAAAAAGUCAAAAAAUAUUAAAACUCUUUUUUUUUCGGAUAUCUACCGCUUUUGAUAACCAGAUGUUGUCUGGCUAAUUUGAGAACAAGGCGCAGUCCAAUAUGAUGAAUAUAAGACUAUGUCGUAAAUCGCCACCGUCGUUAACGGGCAAUCUUUGAUGAAAAUAGUCUUCUAAUGUAUUUCUUUUAUAUGUCCGCCGCCACAGAACGCACACGUGGUCGUGCGGUAUCCAUUAUAGACGUCCUCGAUUGUUUCGUAUGUAACAAAAUUGCCAAACGUUAUUAUUAAUUGUUAUAUAUGUAUAUAUAUAUAUAUGUGUGUAUUACAUUGUCACUUUCUGCGAAUGAUGUAUUCCUAAUGAUUUUAACGGCCGCAAUCAUCACGCGGCGUGUUUAUUACGGCUUAUUUGUCCGCAUAAGUAUAUUACAAUUGUACACAAUAUAUUGCUAUAUUGUGACGAAUGAACUUCCAGAGGUUAAAAUAUUACGACGCGGAUACAUUUUUCAGACGUCGCUAUAUUAUGUAAGAUUAUUAAUUGUCCGAUUGUCGCGUCGUUUAUCAAUAUAUAAGGUAAUAUUUGUUAUUUUAGCGAACGAAAAAUAAAUGGAGAAAAUAAUACGAUUUUCGAUUAUAUAGAGUUUAGUAUCAAACUGCUGUGUAUAUUUUUUCAACGGAAACCCGUUUCCGUCACGAGGAAAAACAGUACCCUAUUAGUACAAUCUAGAAUCCAAAAUUAACACGCAACGAAAGUUUUAACGAGUUGUAUUUGUAUGAUUUUCGAUGGAUAAUGAUUUUUAAAUUACCGACAGAAAUGAUUGUACUUUUUAUAUUUGACGAUUUCGCAGCGCGUUUUAAAUCAAAUCGCGUUUUCUCAUAUCUAAUAAUAUACAAGAUGAUUCACUAAGCAUGCUUGCCCUAUUUUUUUGUUAAAUUUUGCAUAUAUUCAAAUUCUUACGUUCUUUCUACGUUUUAAACGUAGUAAAAGCUGAUAUUUUCGAAUACUUAGAUUUUUUACAACAUUUAAAGAAUAUUUUGUGGCGAUACCAGCAUUGGUUUUUCAAAUGAGAACCUAUGUUAAAAGUUCCAUAAAUAGACGGAGUAUUAUUUUAAAUAAAUGUUAGUGUCAAAAUGUGGUAAGCACGUUUAGUGAAUCACUCUGUAUAUAUUAGAGAAGAAUGCCGAAAACCGGCCGUCCAAGAAAAGUAAAAUGGCCAUGGAAAAAAUUGGAUAUUUUCAAAAAUAUGAUUCAAUUGAAAUUUUUCAUGUAGCCUCUUUUUUUUUUUUUUUUGUAGUUUGCCAUAUUUUCCCCGAGCCAUUUUUGUAUCCAGUCACAUUUUUCCAGUGCCAUUUCGGUAUAAUAUGCCGUAUACGGACUUUUUUAUCCGGGCCUUUCUUCACAUUUUUUAAUUGGUCAUAUAUUAUUACCGCAUAUAGUGUUUUCUGUAGGAAUAUGGAUUAUUGAAUAAACAUGCAUGGUAUGCUUCCGCGGGGAAGAUGGCCGGAGGUACGUCUAAACCGUUUAAAGUUUAUUCUGUACACGCUUAUAAUUAUUGUUAUUGCGCGUCUAACGCGUUCCAAUUCUGUCUGCGGACGCGCGUUCAAUGUGAUUAUUGUUUAAUAGGUACCGGUAAUAAUAUGAAUAACAUCACUACAAACUUGCGCGGCAAAAAUAAAAAUUUCUCGCGCACACGUCACGUACCUAACCGGCUACCUAUAUUUGUGUAUACGUUUUAUAAGAACCGAACCCGCGGUGUGUGAUGUCUGACCGGUAUUGUCGGUGUAGUUACCUAUUACGAAGACGUAAGCUAGCUGUUGCUGCUGCUGCAGUUGACAUUCGGAGGUUUUAUAAUAGUAAUUUUAUUAUUAUUUCCCGCCCAGAGCGUCCGUUUCGGAAUAUUAUUAUGUAUAAAUACCGGUUGCGAAACGGACGUAAAAUAAUAUAUGCGUACGCGCGUAGCCGCAAAACUCGUAUAUUUCAUAUACCUACAACAACGCUGCCGCGGCGAUGUCCAGCAGGAAAUAAUGGUUUUACGUAAUAAUAAUAAUAAUAAUAAUAAACUAUCGAAAACUACUCUCCUCGCCCGAGGAAGGGGGGGGGAGGAGCCCGGUGGCAAUAGACGACCCGUAUAAUACCUAUGGGUAAAGUUCGUCAAAACGGUGUUACUCCGGCGGCGGCGUAGGCAACGUGCUGACUAUAUAGGUACCCAUACUACAAGUAGUAAUAAUUACUAUCGUCGCAUUCAAAAAAAAAAAACCGAAAAAAAUAUCGUCCGUCAUAAUAUUAAGGCGGGGCACAUCCCGAAUGCAAUCGCGAAACAAAAUACAGUGUACGAAUUAGAAAAGAAAAAAUAUAUAUAAUAAAUACUAAUCGAACGCAUACCACACGCUCGCGCAAUUAUCAUAUAAAAUAUGUUAUUUCAUAUUGGGAUUUCAACGAUUUCGUCGUUUUCGCUGUUGGAAACAAAAUAAUAUUGUAAUGUUACACGCGUUUUGCUAUUAGGUAUCCGCGUAGUACUGAUACCGAUAAACGUGACCGAUUGUCCAAAGUGGAAUUAUUUUAAGAGUUAAGACCUGCGGUGGGUAUCGACAACGAUCCAGGCACGGAAGAUACUAAAACGUACGUACGUAUAAACAAUAUACAUACUAUAUAAACGUGGAACCGGAAGAUUUCUUUUUUUUUUUUACCAUUAUCUAGACACGACGGACGUUAGUCGUUUCGAUAUAUCGAUUAUUUUUUUUCGUCUCUUGUCGUGUUUAAUUAAAAAAUAAACAGUUUCGUUCGGGCAUUUCUAAAGUCCGACGCUUUAAAAUAACUUCCCAUUUGUACAUCGACCGGCAGAUCAAAACUUUUGUACGGACUUCGGCAAAAAAAGGCGUUUGUUCAAUGAUGUAUACACUCACGUAACAGUUUUGAACUAAAACUAGCUGCACCCAUUGGCGUAUAGCCAAAGGAGGGAGCUAAAAGAACUGCAGUUCCCCCGUGGACUGUGUUUAUGUAUUUAUACUAUUUUACGAUUUAAAUAUUAACUACUUUUUCAAUUGUUUCUUUCACUUCUGAAAGAACGUUUUCGAAUCAUUUCUGUUUGAUCAAACAAUUUUAUCCAUGUAAUACUAAUAUAAAUAGCAAAACUACAUUGAAAACGAUUAUUACCUUCACUCAAAAUUAUGUUUUGAGAAUGCAGCUGUCAAAGAGGUGUAAUAAGGGUAUAGUUACAUUAUAAAUAUAUCAAGACAUUAUGCAUGUUACAUUUUUAUUUCAUUACCUAUUUUUUUUCCUAUCAUGCUUUGUUUGACGUACCUAUUACAUCAGUUAAAACACUUUUCUAAUCAUAAUUUAAAUAUUGGUAAAUAAAUAAAAACAAAUAGGCCUUAACUUAUAUAUUGACUGUAAUAAUCAAUCAUAGAAAUCCUCACGUCACAUAAGCAAUGAUUUAUCAUUUCACCAUUGCAUCAAUGAAAUACUCUUUGUAGGUAUAUAAAAUUAAAAAUAUUAAAAAAAAUACAAAGUUUACCAAAGCUUUUUUUUUUUUAUUUCUAUCGAUUACAACCGUAUCGACUAAUCGAUUUCUUGUCGAUACGCGUCGACCAAACAACGUGUUACCUAAAUAUUGCAUAGGUGCAUAUAAUAUAUUACAAAUAAUAUGUCAACAUUACAAUAAUUACCAUACGAGACGAUAAAUAAUUUGUAUACCUACCUAACGUAGCAAUACGCUGCCCCGUACAGGAACAACUAACGAACAACCUAUUGAAAUUACUUAUGGCCAUGUAGUUGGACGAAAACAAGAACAUAAUACAAAUACUGUAGAUAUUAUACAUUUAUACCCAUACCCAAUACGUUUCUGUUAGGUUUAUUAAGGUAUACGAUAUUCUAAUAAUAUUAUUAUUGUCAACUGUUUAUAUAAUAUAGACUAAUUCACUGUAUAUUGUAUCUAUGUUAUAUUUUAUGUAUGCCUAUAUAUUUAUCUUUUUCCACUUCCAGCGGAUCACUCGGGACCAAAUGAUCUCAACUAGGGAAUUUGAGUUAUUUUAUUGGCGGAUUGAAGUAAUAAAAUUCAGGUUGAUUAUUACAAUAUCAAAAUUUGUUUGUUACGGAAGGAGACUGUUUUUUUUUUUAACUUCGAACACACUUAAAGAGAUCCCAAAAGAAGCCAUGGAGAUUGCAUUUUAUGUAUGCCCGAAAAUAGUCAAGGAUGUGCCUUUCGAAGGUUUUAACCCUAAUCCCUAUAAAUUUAAUGCUCAGAUUUCAUCAUUUUUUAUUAUUAUUAUUAUUAUUUUAAUUAAUAUAUUCGUAUUAUAUGUAGCAAUAUAUUAUUAUAAUAUUAUCCGGUUAUUUAUUGUUUUACAAAAAGUAUUUCUAAAAUAUAAAAUAGGUGGGAAAAAUCUUAACUCUAUAGUGACGGAGAUCUGCUGCUCAUAGUUGUUUAUAUUUUAGCAUUUUAUUAAAUUUAUAAUAAUGUACGUUCGCAUAUGCAAUAAAGGUUGGAAGGAAUUGUCGGAAUUGGCGUUAAAUAAAUAGAAUCGUUUACACGAAAAAAUAAUAAAUUGACAUGAUUAUCUUUUCGAUUAAUACCGUGCGUGUUUCAAAACAAGUUUUAUUUAAUGCGAAUCGUUAAUAAACAAUUUAUUAUAAACAAUAAAUUCUUUAUUUAAUAUAUACAAUGAUAAAAGGCCAAAAUAAUUGAAAUGUUCUCGUAAACCGUAAAAACACGUACCUAGACGUGAUUAAGUCAAGGACGAUUUCUACUAAUGGCUUUAACUGAGCCUAUAUACUAUAUAUUAUACUCGUAUAAUGCGAUAUCUUAAAUAUUAUAAAAAGCUAAGUGUGCAAUACUUUUAAUAAUUUUUUUUGUUAUUAAAUAAAUACAAAAAUAAAUCACCGUGAAACUACAAAAUGCCGUAUUUAUAUAUGUAAUAUAUUUUUUUUAAUUAUGAUAGACAUCGGUAUAAAAAUGUUGCUUAUUGUAUUAAUAUUAAUCUACUAGCCAUAUUAAAAUGUCAAUUUGAAUGCACUUCACUCUCAAAAAUAUAAUAUACGUAAUAUUAUAGUUAUGAAACGGUUUUUUGUGUGUCGAGACCGUGAAAACAAUAAACAAAAAUCAUUACAUAAAAAAAAACCCUGAUUAUACGUAGGUAUAAUAGAAUCAAUAUGCGGUCAUAUAAAAUGCAUAGUGCUCAUUCGUGGACAGUAAAAACAUGGAUGGGUCAUGUCAGUUUGUCAGACCUCAGCAGUAGUCCGUAGUUUUCAUAAUAUAAUAAUAUGUAUAUUAUUUAUUUGAUCAUAAUUGUUAUCAGCUCAGGACUGUUUCAAUUAGUCAUAUAUGUCACAAAGUGUCCACACUAACGUUUACACCUCCUUUUAAAUCUUUAAGGGAUUGAAUUUCCGAAACUAUUUAUUAUUAGUAAGAUUGAUAUUCCUGAUUGAGAUCUUUCUAAAGGCAUAAGAACGGCUGCUCUAAGUUAAAACCCCGAGAAAUUAUAUAUUUUUAAAAAUUAGGGAUAAAAUUGGUUUCCUACGAAAAUUAGAUAUUUUUCCGGGAUGAUAUAGUAUCUUAUGUCACUUUCUAGUCCUCCGAAUUUAAAAUUUACGUCAAUUGGUCGCUCAGUUUACGACGUGAAAGAAGAACAAACAAAUAAAUACACUGUCGCGUUUAUAAUAUUAGUAUAGAUUAUAAUAGGUAGGUAUGGUACAAUUUAUGCGCAAUCCAACCUGUCUGUGGCCGGUUCAGGUUUCGUAGUGCAGAAUCAAUACACUAAUGACGAUAUUUUUUUAUCCGUGUCCAAUGUUUUUCAUAUUUUUCCACAACCAUGUCGGUAACAUUGUAUAAAAUUACCAAACACUGAAAUAAAAAAAAAUAACUUCCCCGAUUAACACUAGUUAUAUGAGGAAAUUAACUAUGGGUAUAUACUAUGUAUACGAAUCAGAGAAAAUACUUUUUUUAAUCUUUGUUUUAUAACUGUUUGGGGGAAAAUAAUACAAAUCUAACCAGACUACAUUACUGUAUUGUGUGCAUAUGUGUGUGUGUGUGUACACGUAUAAUUGUAAACAACUUGUAUUUCACGUUUGAUCGGUUUCCGUAAAUUCCAUCAAGGACGACUGGCUAAACGAUUCACCGGGUGAGAGUAAAAACAAUAUAACUUCUUAAAUAGGAACCUAUACCUAUAAUACGGUAAAUUAGAAUUCUACACUUUUGAAUUAUACUUGUGAAGAACGAACGGAACGUUAUGGAAAAAUGAUAACGUUAAAUCUACAUAACAUGAAUAUAAUAUGAUAACGAUCAAUAAUAUUCUUGCAGAAAAUAUAGCAACGAUUGCACGAAAAUCACGAUUAGGUAUUUGGUGUAGGUACCUAUUUAAAUAAUAAAUCUACACGAAUAAUUACAUAAUUUGAUUAUAAGUUUACGACCAAAAUAUAAAAUUUUCUACAUUUUACGGAUCGAAAUAUGAACCGGAGGUGGUUUUGUUUCACUCCUAAUUUUACCGUCUUAGCAAAAUUAAAAACAACACGGAUAUUAUAGUCGGAUUUCUCUUUUAUUCUAUAGAUUUGAUUUCAAACGCAAGUGCAAAAAAUGGGUGCGCAUUAAUAAUAUAAUGUAAUAUAUCGAUAUAGUUUUGUUUUUUAUCGGCUAAUUAUUUAAAACCAUUGGCAUACAAACUCGCAUCAUAUUCUGACAAACAGGUUUGACACUUAAAACUGAAUCGAUUUUAAACUUUUAAAUACGGUUUACUUGCACAAUAAUAAUCAGGUUAAAAAUAUAUCGCUGCAUAGGUGUGUCGUGAUAAUAUUAUGACGGGAUUUUGUGUGUGUGUGUGUGUGAGUGUGUACAUAACAUUUUUUUAUUAUACUGUUAGGUAUUAUUUUAUUUAAGUAGGAUGUUUCUAGAUGUUGAUAUUUUUAGUACAUGUUAACAAAAACUUUCAUUUUACUUAAAAAAAUUUUACCCAUGUUUACAAAUUACAUAGUUUAAAAAAAAAAAAACGUGAGAACCAACAUUGUAGGAAUGCGAACAUAUUUAUAAAACUAUGUGCUCAUAGUCUACACCAUUAUUCUUGACGUUUCUUUAAUAUAACACUCGUGGAGCAUAUUUUAAACUUGCAUUUUUUUUUUUUUAAUAAUCCGCUUAUAAAUACAAUACAUAUAGAUAUAAUAGUAUGUAUUCGCAUGGUUUUGAACUUUUUUAUGCUAAGAAUAUAAUAAACUUAGAGUAAAUAAUUCGAUUAAAAAAAAAAACACCCUUUAUAAUAUAAUAUAAGCACAAUGACAUAGCCGGAACUUUAUACCUAUUUGGGGGAGGCUAAAAAUGAUUUUGUAUGAAUUAUGUGAAUAAGUACAUCAAUAUCCAUUUCAAUGUAAUACUUUUAAACAAAAGUUGAUAAAAAAAAAAUGAAUAGUAAAAUGAGAAUAUAAUAUAUAAUGUGUAUAUCUUGACAUAUCUUAUCACUAAACUUCAUUAUAUAGAAUGUACGACCCUCUAACAGACAGCUACAUCCUCCUAGGAUGAUUCUAAAGAAAGGCAGGAAUUGUAUAACUUUCAAAAAUGUCCUCUUUUUUGUUUAUAUUAGCCUUUGCUAACUCUUUAAGUCUACAUUCUAACAAAAUUUUCGAACCCCUUAGAAGCGUUUUUAUCUACGAUUAAUUAGUGUAGACAGCUUUCCUUUAGGAGUGAAAGAAAUAAUUGGAAACGUAUAAUUAACACUAAAAUGGUAAAAUAUUAUUCAUAUCUAAACGUGACUAAUGGGGGAUAUAGCCCCCUAAGUUACCUUGGCUGUAACUUUAAAUAAUUGAAUAUUAUAUUAUGUAUUACAACUAUACUACUUUCAAAAUUGAUGAAAUCUGAAAAUACAAAUGAUAGGGAUCGGGGUUGAAAGUUGAAACCCCCAAAAGGCACAUCAUUAGCACAAAUAAAAAAUGUAAUCCACCUGAUUUUACUUGGGUGGUUUGUAACGAUGUUUAACGCUAAAAAACACCCUCUUUCCUCAACAACAUGGUAAAAUUCGUACUUAAAUAAUUCAAUCCCACUUUAUCCUUUUAAUCCACUAAUAAACCACUCUAAAUUCCCGAAUUUGAGCUUAUUUGGUCCAAAUAGAUCCACUAAAAUUCAACAAAACUGUAAGAUUAUUUAGUAUUUAGUAAAUAAUAUAAAGAAUAAAAAUGAUUAUGAUUAUUUAGUUGGGAUUAGUUGGGAUUUUCGGGAAAUGCAUUUCCUACCUUUCCCGGUGGGAAUACUACACGCGGGUACAACGAUGUGUAAUUGUUUUCAGCUAUUUUUCCAACACCUUUAUUCAAAGAUUACAAAACUAAAACCAACACACUAUAUUAUUGUAACACUACCUUUAUACGUCCUAUUAAAAAUAAUAUCGUCAGAUUUCACGCGUGAGAAUAUAAUAUAGGUAUAAAUAAUUGCGCCAUGACCUGACCGGCGACGAUGCAAAAUCUGCAAAAUUAAAUCGUAACGCGGUGGGAUUUUUUUUUUUUAUAAACUUAUACCUAUACCUUAAUAUUUUAUCUUUCUGAAACGUGUUUAAAAAUUACGGCGUCGCCACUGCAAGUUUACGGUGUGGUGCAAUUUCCGCAAUAGUUUUCAGACAACGUCGGCAUUAAAUUAAUCUAAUGAAAUUAAUUAUAUUAUAAACAAUAUUAUUAUAUCGAAAAGAAACUAACAGUUUGGGUAUUAUAAAAGAAAAAAUAACUUAUACUGGGUGUGAAUUGUUGAAGUUGGAAAGAUACGACAAAUAGAUUAAUUUAAUUCGUAUUUGUGUCGGCAACGAUAAACCAUUGCAAACAAAAACGAUUCUAAAUUCAGUUCAGUUAAACAUGUUGUUUUGGAAUGCCUUGAUUUUGACGGUUUUCAUUCAAAUUUGAACUUAAAACCCUUAUAAAAAAAUGAAUACACUACUACAGUUUAAUUUUUUUUAACGCUAACUAUAACUUAAGAUGAAUCUCGUGUUAAUAAUUUUCGAACAUUUUGGCGGGAUUAAAACAAUUCCAUCCAAUUUAACCAAAUUAAAAUUUCAAAAACUCGACAAUUUCAAAUAGCUAUUAACCAUUCAAAUUGAACUGUCAUAUUUUCUUGAAAAUUGCACCAUGUCUAUAAAAGGCUAAUGUAUAGUAUUAAUAUAUAAGUACUAUGUAUAGUAUUAAUAUAUAAGUAUUCGGUAAAAUGUGCAAGUUUCUGCAGUUAUUUCUAACUGAAUACAACAAAAGAAAUUAAAACUAGAAAAAAUUAAAUUUCAGGAAAAAAGCUAUACUUGAAAACCGAAGCAGAAUAUCUAGCAAAAAAAUUUUCAACAACACACACAAAAAAAACACACCAUUCAGUAUAUUACAGUAAUCUAAAAUAUACUGUACGCAAUCACGUCACACCAUACGUUAAUUUGUAUUCACGCGGCGUUAGAAGUAUAUUUCAUAGCCACCGCUCUAUACGUCCGGAAUUAUUAUCUGUUUAAAUUAUCUCAGUAUAGCACGAUGCAUCAUGGGGUUAUAUUAUUGUAUUGUUAUUUCGAUGUGAUAAUAACAUUAAACGGGUUUGCGGUCAUCCGAACAAUAUUUAAUGACUAUGCUCUUAUAAGUGUUGUGCGCACGUCGUAUACGAUUUAAAUAUUAAUAACCCCCAUAAUACGUGUACUGCAGACAAUACAUUUAAGGAUAUUGUUUGAGCUGUUGCCUAGGGGAAGAAGGUCGUUGAUAUUAUUUCCUUCAGCGAUAUUAUCGGAUUUCCCAACAACAACAACAUCGGCGACAACAAAAUCGUCUUCAGCUUUCACUUUUCUACUAUUACUACUACUGCCAAUACUACUAUUACUACUACUUACCGUAAAAAAAUAAAAAAAAAUACUUAUUGACUAGGACAAAAUUUCGACUGAAGAUCUAUAUUGCGAUGACAAGACAAUCUUAUUAAAAUCGUUAAACGUUUAACGACAAAAAAUAAAUCUCCUUAAAAAUGUGGCGUUUAUUCCGUAUUCGAAAAACAUGUCCGUCCGCGCAAGAAAGCCGUAUCUAUUAUUAUAAUACGAAUUAAAAUAUAUUUAUAACGUGCGUGUUAAUAUUGUCUAGACGAAUUUGACAACAUUUACAACAAUAUAAAUAGUUAUGGAAAAAAUAACGAUUUCAUCUUCGAUAACAUCAUUUGUAUUCGAAUAUUGCGAACGUUAUGGUUUGAUACCCGCGAACGAUCAGCAGUCGUCGCGCGAGAUGCAAGACGAAUCGACAAAAAAUACGAUUGAAAUAUUAAAAUACGAACAUCCGCAAACGUGGUGAUUCACGAACCGGCGAUCAUUUAUGGUGGUUUUGUCUGUUUUGAGUACAUUUCAUAUUGGUAUUCGUAUCAAUUUCAGUCAUUUAGUAUUUAGUACUUAUUAUUAUUACAGGGGAAAAUCCUUUCCUACUGGCUACACCUGCGGUUAAACUGUUAUAAACGGCACUACAUACUAUCCAAAAUAUGUUAGUUUCACUCAGCGUUUGUGCGUUAGCGUUGAGAUCAUAUCGAAAUUUGUCGAAUUCGAAAUACAAAAAAUACGGGUCACUAAUAACAUGGUGUUUAUGGUGUACGGAAUGAAUGUGCAAUUUUAAAAAUAUAUCAAUAAUUAUAAUUCAAUAUACAAAUAACAACCGAAGAAACUGACCUACAUCAAAUUUAAAUUAAAAAUUUUUCGUAGAUGAUUUCGCGACACAAUAAUCAUCCUGUACGUACUUGGGUAUACGAUGAGACAUCGUAUUAUCAUAGCAUGACACAUUAUCAUGAAUUAUUAUUCCGCGACAACACGGUGGUCAAAAGAUUUUCGACUCUUCAUGAAAAAUAUACUCUUGAUGAUGAUAUUAUGCGCAUACGCGUGUAUAAUAGCUAUAUUAUUAUUAUUAUUGGGCGCUAGUAACGUUCGCUUUCCGUGUCCGUUCGUGUUGAAUUUUUUUUUUUUUUUUUCGUGCCGGACAAUGUUACAAGGAAAUAGAUACCUAUCCACCUGCGCAUUUCGUAUCGAUCAACGGCCACCGGGUUGGGUACCUAUCAAUACAAUGCAAUAUUAUUCAGCAAAUUCGGGCCGUUUUGAACGACGACGUCAACGCGCUCACAAUGGGUGUUUGUUGUUUGCGGACACACACAUGCACUGGUAUUACCUACAUUAUGCAAAUUCAGAUUUUUAUCCUGCAUACGCACCUAUAUCAAAUCAUAUUGAGAUUAGACACGACGUUGUCACGGUCUUGUAUAAUGUGAUUUGGCGAUAUAUACAAUAUAGUGUACACGAUCAAUAAUACAAUAUAUAUAUUUUAUUAUUAUAUUCGUAUAAUACAUAUACAUGCAUAUUGCAUUCGUUCGGUCUUACGUAAAUCUAUGAUAGUACAAUAUAAUAUAUAGUAUUCAAAAUAUUCUAUUUGUAUUGAACAAUCGUCGGAAAAAUGUUAGUAGCCGGUGAUGACUUUUUUCGUAACAGAGACAAAUAAAACGCAAUUUUAUAUCCGUAUAAUCAUAGGUAGCUACUAUACAUUCGACAUUCCCGUCUACAGUAAUAUUUCGCGUGUUUAUGUUCCAGAUGCAACUUUUGCCAUGGAUGUCAAUAUUCGUGUUGGUUAUUGCAUCUGACGCCGAACGUAAGUACCUGUAUUAUAUAUUUUAUAGAAACAAGUUCGUUCAUCAUACGGCUUUUCCCGAACGUUUCACGUUUUUGUGUAUAGACGGGAGCGCAGUCAAAUAUCUGCGAAAUACCGAUUUGAUAAUAUUUUGAUACGUAUUUUUUUUUAAACACAAAAUCAAAAUACAUGUUUAUAAUUACUAAUUUUAUAUUACUAAUCUAAUAUGUUCUUGACAUUCCACAAAUCAAAUAAUAUUUUAAUUUAAUAAAUCUGGUUGCGAAAUAUAAAAUUUAAAACCGACGGGUUCUUACAAGUUAUAUUUAUUUAUAUUUAUUGAAAAAUCGCAAAGUUCAACAAUCUUUGAGACCUCGAGAUACCCAAUCGAUAUGAUCUGAAUUCAUAAUAUUUACAUCACGUUUUUAUAUACUAAAACCUUGGCCUAUUACCAUUGUAACAUCGAACUAAAACAAUUACGUCGUUACCUCAAAGUUUCGGAAACAAUUUGAGUUAUUAAUAAUUCAUAAUAAGCACCGUGCGCUGCUAUGUGUCAGGUCUUCUUAGGUCAUCGUUGCUGCUGCGUGAGAUCCCAACCACGUCACUUAUUUCUUUUAUUGUUCAAAUUGUUUGUACUCUUAAUGCAUUGUAAUAUUCUCGUGAAUAUCCGUUUGAUUGCAAGGACGGAAUGUGUUUCUAUAACGGUGUUUUGUAAUAAAUUACAGAUAAUAUAGAAAAACGAGGUUCGUCUAAUCAAAAGAAAGUAGUAUGUUACUAUACAAACUGGAGUGUGUACAGGCCCGGUACAGCCAAAUUUUCGCCACAAAACAUUAAUCCAUACUUGUGCACGCAUUUGAUAUAUGCAUUUGGUGGUCUCGACAAAGAAAAUGGUCUGCGUCCCUACGAUAAAUAUCAAGAUAUCGAACAAGGUGAGUACAUACUACUUUUUCAAAAUAUUUUUAUUGAUCCGAUUAAUUUAAAAUAGGCGGUUAUGCAAAAUUUAACGGUCUCAAGACAUAUAACAAAAAUCUCAAGACUUUGCUUGCAAUAGGCGGUUGGAAUGAAGGUUCCACUAGGUUUUCUAAAUUAGUAGAUGACGAGAGUAAAAGAAAAGAGUUUGUGAAAAAUGUUAUUAAGUUUCUAAGGCAAAAUAAUUUCGAUGGUCUUGACUUAGAUUGGGAAUAUCCAGCAUUUAGGGAUGGAAGUAAACCUAGUGAUAAAGAGAACUACGCAUCCUUAGUUAAGGUAAAUAUAGUUCAGGAGUUUAAUAAAAAUAAAUCAUUGGUCAUAUUAAUUAAAUUCGGCAUUUGAACAUAAAGGAAUUACGAGAAGAAUUCAAUAGAGAAUCAUCUAAAACUGGUCGACCUAGGUUACUCCUAACUAUGGCAGUUCCAGCUGGUAUUGAGUACAUUGAUAAAGGAUAUGAUGUACCAGAACUUAAUAAGUGAGAACAUAUUUCGAGAUAAUAUUUAUUUUCUUUAUUGAUCUUUAGAUUUCUUUUGGCAAUUAUGUAAAUUGUAUAUUUGUACAGGCAUUUGGAUUUUAUGAAUUUAUUGACAUAUGACUACCAUUCAUCGUUCGAGCCAGCCGUUAAUCAUCAUUCUCCACUAUAUCCAUUAGAAGAAGAUUCAGAAUAUAACUUCGAUGCAAAACUUAAUAUAGUAAUUUGAUAUUUGUUUCGAUUCAUAUGUUCAUCUACUAGUACUUUAUAACAACUAUUACAUUUUUUUUAAAAUUUAGGAUCAUACGAUUAAACAUUAUAUUGCUUCUGGAGCUGAUAAAGAAAAGUUGGUUCUGGGUAUUCCAACUUAUGGUAGAUCUUAUACACUUUUCAAUAAAGACAGUACGGACAUAGGAGCUCCGUCCGAUGGUCCUGGCGAAAAAGGUGAAGCUACUAGAGAAAAAGGAUAUUUGGCCUACUAUGAGGUAUAGAUGAAAAUAUAAUUAGUUUUAAAUGAGUAGAACUAAGAUUAUGCCUAGUCAAAUAGUAAUAAUAAUAAAUAUAAGUGAUAAAAUCAAAUUAGAUAUUCUAGUUUAGUAUUAUAAAUCUACUAGACUAAAAGUAUUUAUAGAACCCGUAUCACUCCACCUAAUCUCCUGCAAUGCUACUAGUUUAAUUUUAUAUCUUUCUAUUUCUUGCACCAAGCAAUUCAUAGAUCCAGUUUUAAAAAAGUUUGUACGUUCCAUGUUCUGAUAUGUUAGGUUAUUUUCCAGUUUCUAGUCUUGUUAAUCCGAGCUCCAAAAUUUCGAGUCAUAUUAUUACUUGAUUCCUGAAAAAAUAGUUUUUAUAGGGCAGGGUUGUUAACCCUGCGCUCAACUCCCAACCUAGAGAACCAGAUUAGACCAAGAUUAGACCAGAUUAGAGGUAAUGGUUUUUUCAGUACUCCAUGAAAGGUACUGGACAAUGGGGACACCAUUUUCCCUACGCCAUAGCUUGCAGCCCCGGGUUCGUCAAACCCGUAACACUAAGUGUCGCCCUGGAGGUAUUUGAUUACCUUUGUUCCUUAUUAUCAUUAAUUAUAUAUUUUAGAUGUGUAACCACUUGAAUAUUUUAAUUUAAAUCUUCAUAUUUAUUACAUCACUUCACAGUCUACAAAUACAAAAACAAUUUUCAAUAUGUAUUGUUUAGAUUGUUAUCAUUCUAAUAUAUGUUAUUUCGUUGAUCUUUCAAACAAUUAUAUCAUCUCUAGAAUUAAAUGUAAUAAUUUAGCAAUUUAGCAAUUUACUAAGCGUAAUAAUUUCAGCUAUUAGUAUAAACAAUUGAAUGGUAAGUCGUUGGGUGGUCCUAAUAUUUUGAAAUAUGUAUAUAAUAUACGUUUAAGUUCAGAAAGGCACGUUUGUGGAUUUUAAUAUCUCCGCCAAAUAUUGUUCUUCUACGCGUUAUUAUUAUUAUUUUAUAAACAAAAAAUCGAAAUAGACCCUCCCUCCCCAAAAACAAAUUAUUCACUUGACUCUUAAAAUGUUUUAUCGUUAAUAGAUCUGUGGAAAUAUAAAAAAAGAUGACACGUGGACUAUUGAACAGCCAAAACCUAGAGCAAUGGGACCUUAUGCGUAUAAAGAUAAUCAAUGGGUUGGAUAUGAUGACGAAGAAUUUGUUAAAUUAAAGGUAAAACUCAAAAAGGAAACAUAACUGUGAAAAUAGCCUAUAUUUAUAAAUAAUAUUAACACUACUAUUUGAUUUUUACCAACGAUAUAUUUUUAUAGGCAAAAUAUGCGAUUGAAAACGAUUUAGGAGGUAUCAUGUUUUGGUCCAUUGAUAAUGAUGAUUUUAGAGGAAAUUGUCACAGCAGAGCAUAUCCGUUAAUUGAAGCUGGGAAAGAAGUCCUUUUUGGGUAUAAGAUACAUUUACAAUACAAUUUUAGUGAAAUUGAAUGUUUAAAAAUAAUAUUAACAAUUUUAGGGAUUCUAAAAUAGAAUCAAGCCAAGGAAAAGAAACCAAAGUCACAUCAAAAUCUCGACCUAAACCAAGACCAAUUGCAAGAACCACUACGUCUGCACCACGAGAAGAUUUUACACAAUCAACAACUACGCCAGAACCUCCUACUACACCUGAUACUGGAACUGGUUAGUGUAAAAUAAAAUAUCAUUAAUUUACUGUAACUUAUUGUAUUAAUAAACAUAAAUUUAAAUGUUUUUAUUUUUAAAGAUUUCACCUGUAAAGACGAAGGAUUCUUUCCACAUCCACGUGAAUGUAAAAAAUACUUUUGGUGUUUGGAUAGUGGUCCAUCAAACUUAGGAAUUGUGGCUCAUCAAUUCACAUGCCCUUCAGGAUUAGUGUUCAAUAAAGCAUCGGAUUCAUGUGAUUACAGCCGAAAUGUUGCUUGUAAAGAUAAGAAAACGUCUACUGAAAUAACAACUACAACUACAACCACGACUACUCCUAAACCAAUUAAAUCUGGAAUAAAAACUACCACUACUACUACUACUACUACUACAACUCAAAUACCAGAAGUAGAAGAGGACGUAGAAGAUGAGUUUGAGGAAGAAGAAGAUCCAAAAGAAAUUAAACAAUUGAUUACAUUAAUCAAGAAAUUAGGUAUAUAAAUAAUCAAAUAUUGAUAAUUAUUUUAACAUUUUUCAAUACAAAAAUUAAUAUUUUGGACACAUUAUUUUGUAAUGAUUUUUCUAGGUGGUGUAGCUGAGUUAGAAAAACAACUUAAUAUCAAGGACGGAUCUACUGAAGUCACAACACCAGCAAUAAGCAAAUCUCUGUACAAUAAAGUUUUAAAAAUACCUUCCAACAGGUAAUAUUAAUGAAUAAUUUUUGGGAAAAAAAUGUUAAUUUUUAAGCAUGGUUUUUACAGGUUUCAGUCUUCAUACAUAAAUGGACCUGGUCCUCAGAGUGAAGGAUUAGAGAAUACUGGUGAUAAUAUAGAUUAUAAGAAAGAUAAACCUCAAUAUGUGACAAUUAGACGUCAAAGGUUAGUAUGAAAAAAGUUUAAUUUAAUGGAACAAAAUAAUUCUUUAAUAAUAUAACAUAAUUAUUUUAGGCCUUCUAAGGAUGUAAUCGAAAAUAGCAAAGAACAAGAACAGGAAACUCCUACUUUUACAACAACUGAAAGGUUUAAGCCGACAUAUAAAACAGUGGACAGGUCUAGAUACCGUGAUUUGGGAGAGGUUGCAGAUGAGAAUUCUGAAAACGAUUCUUUGCCUAAAUAUACUACAAUUAGUCGAACUAGAUCAACAGAGAGUGAUCUCGAAGAAACUUCUAGUCCCAAAUAUGUUACUUUGCGCCGACAGAGGCCAACAUAUAAAGAAGAUGAGAUAAACGAUGAAGAAAUUACACCAGUGUCUUCCAUUUCAUCUACUUCACAAGCACCAAGGUAUAUUGUAAAAUAUUAAAAUCAUAAAAUGUUGCCUAUUACAAAUUCGUUAAAAUACAAUGUAUUAUAUACAAUUUUAGGUAUGUUUCCUUAUUGAGGCAAAGAAGUACUACAACUACUACAACACCUGAGGAUACAUCAAUUGAAACAACAAUAAGAGAUAAUUUUGAAGAGCCUAGACCAAGUACAAGUACUAAGGUGAGUGAUGAAGCUUUUACAACUGAGUCUAGCAUAAUUAGCACCAUUUUAUUCAAUACUAUACCAUUUACUGAAAUAACUACAAAAACCGUAAAUAUUCCCUCAUCUACAACUGCAAAAAUUAGUGAACUCACACAAAUUCUAACAUCAAGUACUGAAAAUAUAAGUGAUAUUAAAAAUAUUACAAAUGUGUCCACACCAAUAGAUAAAAGCGUGAAUGAUACUAUAAAAACAACAGCAUCUCCAAUAUUAAUUAAUACAAAUACACGCAAUACUUUAAGCACUACAAAAAGUCCAACGUCAACUAUUACUAAUGUCAUAACAUCUAUAUAUGAAGUUGCUACAGAAAGACAACGAGUUCGUAUAAAAAAUAUUCAAAACUUUUUAUUGGAACACAAGAAAAGUGAACCUGUAACUCAAACAAUUACACACACCUCUACAUCUCCAACAACAAUGGAAAAUAUAAUUCAGGUUGAAGAACCAACACAGAAAUCAAUACUAAAGGGCCGAUUUGGAGGUCAGGUACAAUUCAGACCAACUUUGAGAAAACCUACUAUUACUACAGAAAAAAGUAUUACAACAGAAAAAAUUAUUGAAACGACUACUGAGAAAAAAGUCGAUACAAAUAACGAACCAAAAAUUGAUACAACUACUGAGAAAAGAUUUCGUUUGAAUAAAUACGUAAAUAGAUUUGUCAGACCAAUUAAUAAUAAAAAUAAUAAUAAUAAUACAGAAAUCCCAAGUACUACCACCGGUAGAAUAUUUAUUAAACCAAUAACUGAAACAUUAGAAUUGAGUACUAGACAAUUUAAUAGAUUUAGACUCACUACUAGUAGUGAUAUAAAUAACAAUACAUCGUUAACUAGAAGAAGUUUUUCUAGAUUCAGACCAAAUACAUCUGAAACGCCAUUAACUAGCAAUGCAGAUAUACAAAAAUCACGAUUUUUUAGAAGCCGAAAACCAAUUUCUUCUACUUCUACUUCAACAACUACAACAGAAGACACCACAACAGGAGAAUUCUUAAAUUUUGAAGAAAACGUAGAUAGUUAUCGUUACGUGACAACACCUUAUAUACCUACUACAGUAAAUUUCCCAACAUCAAAUUUUGAAGAAACAUCAGUGAAUGAUGAGGAAUUAAAAUCUACAACGUUUGGCAGUUUUGAACAGACUACCUUUAGUACAAAUGAUAUAACAACCAUUCAGCCAACAUCUGUUAAAGCCGCCAAAACCUUUAGAGGAUCCAUACGAGCAAACAAUAGUUUUAAUUCUAAUGAAAAAUCACGAUCCCCAUCAUUAGGUAGACAAAAUUCUCGAUUUUUAAAGGAGGAAAAUAAAAUACUAUUUAUAAGGGUCUUACCUUCGCCAGAUGGAAAAUCUCAAAAUGAUUUUACGUCAGGUCAAAUAAAAAACAUAACUAGAAGUCGGGGAAGAAUCAGAGCAUUCGAUUCUUUAGAACUUGUUACUCGAACCGAUGGAUUGGCAAAAGAUGACCGACCGAAUGAAGUGUUCAAAGGAAGUGAAACAAAAUUUAGGGUACAACAAUCAACAACUACUGAAACGACAGAAGAGGUAUGAAUGAAAUUUGCAUAACAAGUUAAAACGACUAAAACGAAUCAUCUGUCGGGCGCAUGAGAGCUACUAAUAAAACAUACUACUACUUCAUUAAUAUGAAUUACAAAUGUGUGGUCACUGGGGAAUUGAUGACUGCUGCAUGAUAAAGUUUAAAAUGAAAAAUCGUGGUUCAGCAAGAACCAUAAUGACCGAUAAAAACCGGUGGACAUAAGUUGCAUGAUAAAAUAAAGACAAUAAGGUGCGAAUGGUUUGAUCAUCUGCUACGCCACUGCAUUGCAUCCUAAAAGCUUCCCAUCCACUAAUAAAAAUAUAUAAAGCUAACAUACUCAUUUUGUCCAUAGUGUAUAUUAAAACAAUAUAAUAAAAAGAAUCAUAAUAUUUUUAUUUAAUUCCAUAAAUAUUUGUUUUUAUUUGUUAAGUUUCAAAGAGAUAGAAAUCGCCAAAGAAUUACUAGACCAACUAAACGAACAACUACUACGACUACCACUGAGGAUUCAUCGCCAAUUUCAUCAACAGAAUCAUAUUCAUCACAAGCAGCUAACCGAAGAAGAAAAUUUAGGCCUGAAUACACAACAACUUCUGUUUCAAACUAUGAAGAAGGUAUUGUAUUAAUUUAAAUUUAAAAUUAUGCAAACUAUAAUUCACUGGUUUUCACAAAUAUAAAAUGUAAAGAUACUAUUAUUUUAUACAAAAACUUUAUAUGAAUUGAUAUAUUAAAUUUAUUUUCAAAGAAUUGACUACACCAAAAACUCGGAAUCCUGAACGAAGGUUUAGAAGUCGGACAACUGUAUUGAAAAAUGCAAUAAUUACAAGCACAACUCCGGGAACACUAGAAGAAAACGAUAGAAAGUUCUUCAGUUCAUCGUCACAGCCGUAUUAUGACGACUCGAGCCUUUUUGCUAAGACCAGAGAUGAUAGGAAAAUUGGUGGUUCGACAGAAGAUUUAGCCAACACAGCUGUAGUUGCCAUACAUACACUCGCUACUGCACCCCCUUCAAAUUAUGAUUUUAGUAAGAAUGCUGGUUAUAUUAUAGCCCAUAUUUAACGUCGGACAUAUGUAGUAAAGAUAUAAAGUAUUUAAUUUGUAUUAUUUAUUCGGCAUUAAAACUUUAUAAAAUAUGAUGAACCUUGUGUUAAAUUUACACAUUAAAAUUACAAUUUUACACGAUGGCAAUUUCUAGAAUGUUUUGAAAAUUUUAUCAUGCCUCGAAAAGGCUUAAAAAGUUUUUGGUGAAAAUUUAAAAUCGUUAAGAUUAUUUUUAGUUGAAUAACAUCAAUAAAAUAAAUAAAAAAUAACAGUGACCGUUAUUACUACAUUUUUUCAUUUAUCAAUUAUUAAGAAAAUAACAAAAAAAAUCAAAAAAUUACCUCCUCAAUGCACAAACUAGACAAACUUGUCUAUUAGAAAUUAUUCUUAAAGUUAAUGAUCGCAACAAGAUUUCUAUAAAACCAAUAAAUUCAUUGAUAUGCUCAGAAUCUAAAAUAUGUUACAUCUAAAAUAUUUUAUAAUGGUAUAAUUAGGCUAGAUAUUGUGAGAACAAAUUUUCAGUUGAUAUAAACCAGAUAUACUCUUAAAAUACUAAUAUUCUCGUAUUCACUUUAAUAUUAUUAUUAUGAUAUGCAAUGCAUAAUAGGAAAAUACAAGAUUUUAUGGAGAAAUAGACUGUAACAUACAAUUUGGAAGACCCUGUACAAUAUGCAAAAACAUGCCAAAUAAAAUUUUAUAAUAUUGAGCUUCUGGGUAAUAAAUACAAUUUUAAAUAUUAUCAAUGAAUAAAUCCUGUUUGAAAAAUUCUUGUUUCAUUUUUAAACUGAAGAAACUUGUGCAUACAAACACAUAGUUCAAAAGACCGUGUUCCUAGAGACUUAAAGAAUCAUUUCAGGGCGAGUAUUUCAACGCAUUUUCCAAUGUAUAUACACUUCUUAAAUUGGAUAAAAAUUAAUUUUUUUUGUUUUAUUACGUAUUAUUUUUUCUGUAGGAAAAAAAAUGAAAUAUUUCAUGACAUUUUCAAAUUCUAGUCUUCGGUCAUAUUAUGUUUUGCGGCCAAAAAUUAUUAACAAUAAUUACAUAAAUGAGUAUCUAGCUAAACUAUCAUGAUUUUUUUCACAGGGUCUUCUACACAGAGCAUUUUCCGCCAAACUACACAGAAACAAAAUUAUUUUGAGCCACGGGCAUCGCACACAAAGAGCACUGGUGAAGCUUUCGAGGCUACGGAAGAACCAGCCACGAGACAAGCGAUACAAGCUCAACAGUUGAUCAAUAGGCCACCGGCGCCGCAGUCCCAACAACCACCCAUCAAACUGCCGGUCUCUUUUCAGCCGGCUCCUUAUCAGCCGUCGCCGUUCCAGGUCGGUCCUUUCCAGCCAGUUUCUUAUCCCGAUCUGCCGUUCCAGACGAACGAUGCGUUCGCGCCGAUCGCGGCGAGACAACCAACGAUGGCCGUAACAACCGCCGUCCCAGUUGCCACAUCCCGGCAAACGUUCUUGUUGCGGAGAGGCCCACCGAGGACAACGCCUCUCGCCGUUUCAACCUCAGCCAGCACGGUCAGAACUCCGCCAUCACUACCACCACCCCCCCAGUACUUAAACGACAACGCACAGGAACAGUACGCCGACUAUUCGGAACCGGAACUGGCGUCCGACACCGGUGCCGAACAACAGGUAGCCCUAAAGGGCAAGGUUCGGAUACACGGCGAUGGUUACAUCGAGUGCCUAGAUAUGGGUAGUUUCCCACACCCGUUCUCAUGCCGUAAGUUUAUAUCAUGCGCCAAGACGGAAUACGGUACGCUGUUCGGAUGGGAGUAUACGUGUCCUAAGGGGCUUUCAUUCGACCCCGUGGGUGGCAUUUGCAACUGGUCAUCCGGUCCUUCAUGUAAUUAAUUGACCGCCACCGGCACGACAAAAAUGACGAAAGAAAAACAAGAAUAAAAGUAAAAAAAAAAAAAAAAACAAAACAAAAGUCCUCCUAGUCUCUCUCGAUGUGUAAUUUUUCGUUGCGCAAACAAAUACGCCAAUGUUUUAUAUUCAGGGCCAGUUAUUGAUAAAAAAUCCAACUCGGAUGAAAUUACAUUAAUUUAAUCGGACUGUCGAUAUCAAAAUAGUAUAUCUAGGUAUUGUAAUUUCAUUCGAUUUGUUUUGUAUACAUUACGUGUUGUAUUAAAUAUUAAUUAAAUUUAUAUUUGUAUUUUAUUUAAAAAUAUAUUGUAAUUAUAAGAC